CCUUUGCUCCCGGCCGUUUUACUGGAUUUUGACUGAUUUUGCAAGGCCCACAGAAAAUUAUGUUCUAUUGCUAUAUAAACUUGGAACCCAUCAAAAGAAAGAUUAGACUAUCUUCUUUCAUCAGAAAAAAAAGUUCAUAUCUUUUUCCAUUCUUUAGAAAUCAGCAUUAGAAAAUAGCUUAGUUUGAGCAAUUUCCCAAUUUCUGAUGAAAAAAUGGAGAAAAUCACCUUUUUGUAAACGCAUACAUUUCAAACAUAACUUUGACUUUAACACAGCUAUUUUUUUUGCAUUAGUUACAUCCCAAACAUCUGAAUGUUUUCCUUUCACAAAAUAUAAAGGACAAGACAAAUAGAGCUUUUGAUAGCAAAGUAACAAUUUAUUUACUCAUGACUACUGAGAUGACGCCGUUGUCGCCGCGUCAGCCGUGUGAACUUUUCCUUCAUCGUUGUCUGUUUCGCACAGAUGGAUUAUUUUUGCGUCUCUGCGGGGUCUUCUCGGCGAGCCCGCUGCACUAGUGAUCCCAGUCGUUUUGCUCGGUCGUCCAGCGCCCUGGCAUCCCAGGCGUCCUCUCGGUUGUUUUGCUCGGUCAUCUGCCGCCUGGCAUCAUGCCGCCAGCGCUCCGACCGUGCUGCCCGGCCGUUCAUUGCUGUUGAAUCUGGUUGCGGGUCUUACAAAAUGCGCUACUGCCCUCCAGUGGCCAGUUUUAUUGCUUUAAAAUGCAUUUUGAGCUUUGUUCUUUGUUUCUCAGAUAGAUCGGAAGCUAUAGAUGCUUCUUGUAAAAAAACAACAACAUCACAAAAGACAUAUACAUUUUUGGGACAGUGAAGCAUUUAGAAAUAGAACGUAUUUAUACGUUUUUGGGAGCAAAUGAGUUAAGUGAAUUAUAUUAAUUAUUUUCAGGCUUACAUUUAUCCCUUUUCACUUGGUGAAGUCCAUUUUUUUCCCCCUAAAACUCACGUUUGAUUGGCUGAUGAUUUGACUCCCCUGCCACACACAACACGCACACUCACACAGCCCCGACAAAUUCAUGUCAACAACUCCUCCGUCGCCUUCAAAGAGGAGGGUUAUUAGAAGGUUUUUUUUCGGCCAGCAUGAGUAAGUAAGUAAUGUAAAAAAAAAACGUCAGUGUUGUAGAGGUGGGUCAAACACUACUAACUUUGCGACUGAAAGUCCAACCUGCAUCGAGUUAGCAUAACAUUAAACUGUGUGAACUUGCUAACCUGCAGAACUACUGCGGUCAGGCAAGCCUCCACAAGGAACAACAAAGUCAAGCCAGCUUUCCCUCAUUUGGAUCAUUGUUUGAAUUAUGUGCAUUAUAGUGAUGCAACGCAGUGGCUUCACAGUGCAAGUCGCUUUAUUAAAGAAACGGGGUGCUAUCCAAGAAUGGGUCCACUUUGGGGGGACACUGACAUGAACAUGAACUGACAUGAAAAAAAAAAUCUGCAGUGAAAUCACACAUCAGAAUUUCAUGAGAGUACUUUGGUUCGAGUCUCGGGGUAGUACAGUAUGCCUAAAAUGUAGAUCGGACCUUGGAUACCUCAGAUUUUUUUCAUUAAUUUUUUUUCCCCAUAUCACUUUUAUAUUUCAGUAAUUUGAGUCCAGGGGUACUCCAGUGUCACCAAUUAUUGGGUAGCUCUCAGCUUUUUUAAUAAAGGGACUUGCACUUCAAAAUGUUUUGAUAGUUUUUGAAAACAAAGGUCUGAAUGAACGUUGUAUCACCUGAACCAAUACACAUGAAAGCUAGUGUCAGUCAAUACAGAUUUAUUUUGGAUUGAUCAUUUAGCCUAUCAAUUAAUUGGUUUCAUAUUCAUGAGAAAUGUACCCCUGAUCCCCACUCACCCAAUCUGUUUGGUCUUUUAAUGUCCCGUCCCCACAAAAAGUGUACAUGCAGGUUAUGCUGUUAUAUCGUCCCUACCAAUGUUGAAACAAAACCUACACCCUUGACCACGUCUAUUGCUACCAUGUAGCGCACUGUAAAAAUUGUAAAGACCAGUGUUCCAUGAUGGACUGCAGAAGCUAAUGGGUUAAAAAAAUGGUUUGAUUGUUUGUCUAUCAUCGUCAGUGGCAGUUAACAAGUUUAAAUAAGGUCCCGAUCCAUUUUAUAAGGAACCAUUGACCCCAUUUGGAAUUUCUGGAUGUUUUUGUGGCAUGUGACGCUUGCAUUGUCAGCUGAAUUGAAAACCAGUUUGUCCAACUUCCUUGCAAUUAUGGUUCUAUAGAGAAAAUUAUGGACGAUAUAUAGCGUAGUGGUUCACAUAGCAACUUUUAUUAUCCUCGUUUAGGUAUUUUUAUUUUCAAGCUGGAGUCUACCCCAUUGAACCCGAGCACAUAUUGACAAGUCACUUAUGGAGGACCAGAAGUCCUGAAAGAAAUGGUUAAAAAGUAAAAAUAUUAAGUAAACAUAAAUUGAAAUAAACAAAAAAAUUGAGUAAAUAUAAAUUGAAUAAAGUGAAAUACUGAUUGGAAGUUUUAAAUGUAUUUUUUUUUAAAGCAUAAAAAAUACAAGAGUAUAUAGACGUUGAAAUAAAAAUGUAAAAGUUGAUAGAAUUGAUUUCAAAUUGAAAUAAACCAAAUUAAAUAUAUUGAUGUUGAAAUAGAUAAAAAAAAUAGAAGUGCAGGUCUCCAGACUAACAUUUUUUUACCAGGAGCACAGUGGCUCUUAAAAUUUCAUUCAGCGGCGCACACUGUAAAUUGACUUACAUAGCUUUCCUUUAAUUUUAACUGUUUAACUGGUACUUUCCGAAUAAAUGCAUGAAACUACAAACUUAUAAAUCUAUAUUUUAUUAUUCAAUUUUGACAUCAACCAAUAUACGGUUCUGCUUAGAAAUUAGGGCAAUAUGGGAAUUUUGUUCUAUUUCUAUAUAUAUUUUUUGUUUUUUAAUCACGUUAAAAUAUUUGACACAAUUAACGCACAUGCUCCGCUCAAACGGAUUAAAAUGACAGCACAGGGUCAUGUGCACUUGUUACUUGUGUUUUUUGGAGUUUUGUCGCCCUCUGCUGGCGCUUGGGUGCAACUGAAUUUAUGACCAUGAGGAUUGUGUAAUUAUUGACAUCAACAAUGGCGAGGUAAUAGUUUAUUUUUUGAUUGAACAUUUUACAAAUUUUAUUAAAACGAAAACAUUAAGAGGGGUUUUAAUAUAAAAUUUCUAUAACUUGUACUAACAUUUAUCUUUUAAGAACUACAAGUCUUUCUAUCCAUGGAUCGCUUUAACAGAAUGUUAAUGCCAUAUUGUUGAUUUAUUGGUAUUAAACAAAUACAGUACUUAUGUACAGUAUGUUGAAUGUAUAAAUCCGUCUUGUCUAAUCUUUAAAUUCCAACAAUUUACAGAAAAAUAUGGCAUAUUUUAUAGAUGGUUUGAAUUGCGAUUAAUUACGAUUAAUGAAUUUUUAAGCUGUGAUUAACUCUAUUAAAAAUUUUAAUCGUUUGACCGCCCUAAAAAUAAUGCAAACUGCUUAAACUAAAAAGAGUAGCUGAGAUCUGUCAUGACAGAACAUCGCUUCAAUGAUAUCUGGCGCCAUCUAGCGUCGUGAAUGGGGAGAGGAGCUGAGAUCUGACAUGACAGAACAUCGCUUCAAUGAUAUCUGGCGUCAUCUAGCGUCGUGAAUGGGUAUAAUGUCUAGACCGCGAAUAUAAGACAACCCCCUCUUUUUCAAUCUUAUUUCAAUGCAAAAAACACUUGUCUUAUAUUCGGGCCAAUACGGUAGAUGAAAAAAAAAGUCACACUGGCUCUAAUUUUUGUUGUAAAAUGCAGAUUUAGUUGCAGUCUGGAGCCUUGAAAUUCUGACUGAAAUAACAUUCAUUAACAUGUUAAAUGAUGUAAUUACCUAUGUACAGUAUGUAUUUGAUUUUGGCGCUCCCGGCCCUGCAUACUCUCAUUCCUACAGGCAUGUUAGUGUUCAUAGUGUAUGCAUGUUUAGCCAAACAAUGGAUCCUGCGUCUGACAUGAACUCGCGUGUUUACAGCCAAUGUGACCUGACUUGACUGCUGCUCGUCCCAUAGGAACCAGGCAGGCCCCGAGCGCUUUCCCACAUGCCGUUUUCCAUGUGUGUGUGUGUAUGUUUUUCCCCCCACCUAAUUAGAUUAUAGCACCCAUAUGCUUGUAGGCUUGUGGGCGGCUUCAUAGGAUCCAUUCUGUGCGGGCGAAUGAGGCCAAGAGCGAAAUGUCAUCUGAUCAUCACGGGUGCCUACCGCAUCUGGGCUAAUAGAUUGGGUUUUGGAAUUUUUUUUUUUUUUUUUUUAACGCAUUGGCUGGUAGGAGUGGGAACCUCUUGGUACCUCAUGAAACGAUACGAUUUGCGAUACAAAGCGCACGAUAACGAUGAUCUGACCAUAUGGCGAUACGACGAUUAAUGAUACAUUGAAAACAAGGUUAUGCUGUGAAUUGGAAUGAGUUUAUCACUAGUAGACGUCCAAUCCAUUUGAACUGGGAGGGUGAACGAAUGUUCAUUUGCUGCCAUCCCUCCCACUUCAAACUGAUUGAACGUCUAUGGCCGUCAGUGGCAGCCAAUACCAGGCAAUGAGGUAAUUUUGGGCCAUUUAAGGUCAUUUACCUGUUGAUUUUCAGUUACUUCCUGUUGAUUUUGGGGCAUUUGAUGGGUCACUUCCUGUUUAUUUUGAGUUACCGAACAGGAGGUGACCUGGGAAUCACCCAAAUGAAUAGGCUGUGACUUAAACUCAACAGGAAAUGACCUGUAAAUGGCCUAAAAGCUGAUGCGAUGAAAAUCGGACAGAAUGACUGCGAAUGCCCUGGUUUCGAAUCAACGAACGUUCACAGUAGGGCUGCAGCUAUCGAAUAUUUUAGUAAUCGAGUAAUCGACUGAAAAUUCUAUCGAUUAAUUGAGUAAUCGGAUAAAACAAAUAUAUUUUUAGGUGAAGAGCAAUUAUAAAUAUACAUGAGAAAACAAGACAUUUCAUCUAAUCUUGAACCAUUUUCAGUCAAUCAAUGUCUUUAUUUUCGAUGUAUAUUGUUGAAAACAGCCAAAAAUUGCAUCUCAGAUGUAACUAGGAUAAAAAGACUAAUUCACUGCUUUCACUCAAAAACCUUUAGAUCUUAUUAAAAAAGAAAAAAAAAUGUAUAUAUAUAAAGUAUAUAUAUAUAUAUAUAUAUAUAAACACACCUAAAAUUGCCGUUACGCUUGAUAACACACAUCACUUAAAAGUAUGGAUUUUUUCCCACGUGUUUCAAUUGAAUUUCUAUUUGUUCAAGCCAUUUUUAAGUUCUAGGUAAGUUUUAAGUUAGUGUAAACUGUAAGUCCUGAUAGGAUUUUGAGUUUUUGCAGUGUUCAAAAUAAAUGUAUGAUACAGGCUGUAUUGGAGCACAUUAGGGACCAGUGCUACUUGGUGUUUCAUCCAGCAAUGACUACUGAGCUAAAAUUGAUAGUUAGCAUUAAUGCGUUUUUAUUUUACACUCUCAUCACUCCACAACGCUAUGUUAUGUUAAAGCCUGUAUGUAAGACAUGUUAGCCAUGCAUCGAAAGUGCCCAUAAUUAAUACAAACCUAGCCCUCCCUCCGCAGGGCUAACGUUACGUGAGCUAGUAGUGACAGUAACCUUAAUCUUAUUUAUUAGCGCUUAGCACUCUUUAUUAGCGCUUAGCGCUCUACUGCUUUAAGAUGGCGGCUGUUUACUAACGUGGCCUAGACGCGGCCGAGUCUGUCAUUAAGCAUCUAGUUUAACAUACAUGUGAUCUCUGAGACUCAUCAGACGCUACCUGCUACCAAAGUAGCAUCGUGCGGGCUAGUAUUUAGCAACGUCGGUGUCGUUUGUAGCGGCUGUCGGCUGCAGUGAUUUUUUUUUUUUUUUUUUUUUUGCUUCUUGCUUUACGCACGUGACAUCAGCGCGUUGUCCCGCAUUUAAAGUAGUCCGAGCAAAACGUGAUGCUUAGCGCUGUCAAAAUAAACGAUUACUCGAAGUGAAUAAAAUUACUCCGAUCAGUUUUUAAACUUGAGUUGCUGGAGUAUUUGUUUCAGCUCUAGUUCACAGUCUAAAUGGAUUGGGCGUCGAGCACCGUCAAUCCAACCUUAGAAUUAACUGAGACACGAUUAUGGUGGAAAAUUUUGGUAGCAACUUGGUUCAUUUUUAUUUUUUAUUUUUUUAGACAUUGACACCUUUUCAAAACGAUAUCUCGUAUGAUAUCGGUAUUUUUCGGACUAUAAGUCGCAGUUUUUUUCCCAUAGUUUGGCUGGGGGUGCGACUUAUACUCUGGAGCGACUUAUUGUGAAAUUAUUAACACAUUAUUAUAUCAUUUCUAGACUAAAUUCAUUUCUAAACGAUUAAAAAUUUUAUUUCAGUUAAUCACAGCUUAAAUAUUAAUUAAUCGUAAUUAAUUGCAAUUCAAACCAUAUAUGAAAUAAUCCAUUUUUCUGUAAAUUAUUGUUGGAAUGAAAAAAUAAGACAAGACGAUAUACAGUAUAUUUAUUUUAUUUAUUUAUUUUAUUUAUUUACUUUAUUUUCUCUUCAGGCAUGACAAAUCCGAACAAAAAUACAGCAUUUUUACGUGUUACAAUUAAUUUAACCCGAAAAGAAAAGGCCAGACGGGAGAAGCCGAAGCUUAUUGAAACCUGCCCCCAGUAUACCAUAUAGGAACUGAAAAUAUCGAAUAACAAUUUUUGACACUCAGAUUUCGUAGCGAUCACAAGUUUUUUUUUUUUUUUUCAUUUUUCAUUUUCCCAAUAUUCCAUUGUCGAUCAUUUAUUUAUUUAUUUAAACAUUUAUUUAUACAUUCAACAUACUGUACAUAAGCACUGUAUUUGUUUAUCAUAGCAUCAAAAAGAUUAACAUUAUUAACAUUCUGUUAAAGCGAUCCAAGGAUAGAAAGACUUGUAGUUUUUAAAAGAUAAACGUUAGUAGUAACCCUCUUAAUGUUUUCGUUUUAAUAAAAUUUGUAAAAUUUUCAAUCAAAAAAUAGACUAGUAGCUCGCCAUUGUUGAUGUCAAUAAUUACACAAUGCUCGUGGUGCAUAAAAUCAGUCGCACCCAAGCGCCAGCAGAGGGAGACAAAAAACACAAGUAACAAGUGGACAUGACACUGUGCUGUCAUUUUAAUCUGAGCGGGGCAUGUGCGCUAAAUGCGUCAAAUAUUUUGACGUGAUUAAUUUAAAAAAUUAAUUACCGCCCGUUAACGCGGUAAUUUUGACAGCCCUAAUGAUUUCACAUCAUAUUUUGGUGUUUUGGAGUGACAUUGAUGGUUUGGUAAACAUGUUAGCAUGUUCUUUAUGCUAUAGUUAUCUGAAUCACUCUUAAUAGCUAUGUUACGAUAACAUACCGGCCACGUUCGCAUUUCGUUGUUCAUGCAUCAUGUAACAUUAUCAUACUCUACACUUAUUCAGCAUGUUGUUCUCUAUUGUAUUUUUAUUUUAAAUUGCCUUUCAAGAUGACAUAUCUGUUCUAUUGGUUGGAUUUUAUCAAAUAAAUUUCCCCCAUAAAUGCGACUUAUACUCCUGUGCGACUUAUAUGUUUUUUUUUUCUCUUCGUUGGGCAUUUUAUGGCUGGUGCGACUUAUACUCAGGUGUGACUUAUAGUCCGAAAAUACGGUAAAUGGUUUGGGCGCCAAGCACCAUCAAUGCAGCCUUAGAGUUAUCUGAGACACUAUUAUGGUGGAAGAUUUUAGUAGCAACUUUUUUUUAUUUUUUUAGACAUUGACACCUUUUUAAAACGAUAUCUCGAUUCUUGGCAGGAGCAUAUCGAUAACCUUUAGGGAUACAAAGUAUAUAUAAUAUAUAUCACCAUUUCGAUAUUUUUUCGCACCCCUAUUGGCUGGCAUUGACGGUGAUAGAAAUCCAAUCCAAUCUUUUGGACUGGGAGAGACUCGCAGUUCAAAUGGAUUAGACGUCUAUCGACGUCAAUGGCGGACAAUGGCUGUCGGUAUUGUGGAUAACACACUACAUUUGCGUGCACUUGUUGACAGUUACAAUUCAACUUUAUUGGCCCAUUUCAUCGUUGGCCGCAUCCUGUCUAUGAGCCGUACCAACCACAAUUCUUUGAAAAUUCAGCCCCGCAGCUGGUUUCGUUUAGCAACAUGAAAUAGUAGUCUUGUCUAUCAUGAGUGGAAUCCUCAAAAGGUUUUGAAAUGUUAGGCACGAAGAGAUGCAGGGAAUCUGCCAUGUUGUUUUUAAGCAAUUAUAAUCGGCCCCGUUUCCUUUGGCUGUUUUUCUCAGUUUUCUAUAAGUCUGAAAGUCUAGCAGUAAGGUGACGAUUUUCCCAAUCAAUAGCUGUGUUUCUAUUACAGUUUUUGCAAAAUACAUAUGGCGGAAAACACUCGGGUGACUUGAAGUUCCGCUCUGAGACCCCCAAUUUGGCCAAAUUUCUAAAUUGUCCGAUAUGCAUGUGUGAUACAUCAUUGGGAAGCUUAAAAUCUCAAUUUUCUGGGGGAAGAAAAAUUUUGAACAGGAGGGCAUUUAAAAAAAAAAAAAAAAAAAUUAAACAGCAAAACCCUACCUGGAGGUGAGAACACUCGAGAGCAGAAUUACAGACGCCAUGACUUUAACGAGAUGAUGUCGCGAACUUACAUUGUUUCGAUCCAAAAACUCCAUGUAACAUGUAUCACUCAUCAAGACACAGCUGUGAAUGGCCACAGCUGGAUUAUUUGGGGGAUUUUAUGGGUGAAACACAGUAAUAUAACAAGGGUCGCGAUGCAGAAAUCGCAGACAUCAAGGAGUGGUCGAGAUUUUCUUUUUCAUAUAUAUUCCCUUUUAAACUUUUUUUUUUCUCAAUUUUUCUUUGUUUGGAUCGAUUAUUCAUCAUCUAACAGAAAAUGCAACAGUAAAAAAAAAACAAAAAAACAAUUAAGCGAUAGUUAUGAGGUGGAUAUCCGAGACUUUUUUUUACAGACGCCAUUUUUUUUCAUUGUGACAUAAUUUGUUUAAAAGUUUAAAAUAUUCGAGUGAAUAAUUUUUUUAAGUCGUUUCUUUUUUUAAAACGAAAGAUGAGAAAUCAAUUAAUGAUUGUAAGCUCCGUCUACGACGGACAUUUUGAAUAGUAAAUAUAAUUAAUUACCUUCGUUUUAUGGCUGGGUUGAAACAAAAGCGGUUGCGCUAAGUCUGUAAACGGGUGUUUCCAGGGUAAAACGGACAAUUAAAAAUAGUUCGGUGGCUUAAUGCGCCAUGAAUCUGCUAUGGAAGCAUAUAGACAUAUUGUUCUAUCAAACACAACAGUUGUUUUGGCUUAAAAUACAGCAGUUUCUUUUGAAGAGGAGUGCAAGAGGAGAAACAGCUUUUUCAGUCUUGUCUGUGUUUUCCGCCAUAUGAAAAUUUUGAUCAAAUUCGUGUUUCUAUUGAAGGCUGUUUUCGGAAAAGCCGUAACUCUCGUGCAUGUGGAGGAAAAGUGAUCAUGUGAGUUGAUACGUCACGUCCUGCUGUGUAUAAAUUUGAGUUAUUGCUACAUAUUUAAAUAUUGUGUUAAAAAUGUCAUGUGUUUUUAUUGCGAAAUUUCAGUUAGUCACGGAAACUCAUCUAUAGGGGUCAUAUCCCAUGAAACCAUUACCGAAAAAACAAAACUUAUAGUCUACUAUUUCAACAAUGAUAAUCAUAUUUAUUGGCCAAGAAUAUUGAAAUUUAGUGAAUCUACCGAUUUUGACUGAAUAAGUCAGUUCUGGUUUUGGUCUGAAAUUUCACCCCUCGAAUCCUUUUCUUCUGACCACUAUUAAAUUUGGAGGCCAGAAGAACCGAAUGAACUUCAUUGGCCAGCUUUGUUAGAAAUGCACAUGGAAUUUGUCUCCCUUAUGUAGAGCUUCUCUAGUAUAACAUAAAAAACACUGGAACUAAGGUACAUUUGAGUACAGAGAACCAUUUAGCCAUGCAUGGAUGGAAGGAGUGCAAAGGUGCUGUGUAAUGAUAGCUUUACAAGUGGUGUAGAGAUUUUUCCAACAAUAUCAAGGGGCUUGAAGUGCAGUACUCUGGUAUUAGGACAAUAAUGUGGAAUUCAGAUCAGCAGCCUUUGGGAAUGAGGCUCCAACAGUAUGAUAGCACUAUGAAAAUGGAACAGAGAUGGAAUAACAGGUCCAUUGUUUAAAAGGUUGAUGUACAGAGCAGGGUGAGCAAUAAAGAAAAAAAAAAAUCAACAUAAUUUAUGCCAUUUCACGAUAGAAUGACAACAGUAUUUCUUUUUUUUUAAGUGUGUUCGUGUUCUCUCCUAAUGCAGUAGUAAUCUGUGUUCAACACCUCAAAAACUUAAAUCAUAAACUCAUCCCUGUCAUUGAUUGCGAUAGAUGCCCAAUGCUUUUCAGUGGCUGCCAGCCCCCCUAGUUCAACUGGAUUGGAAGUCUAUCGCCAUAAACGCCAGCUAUUGAGUUGUUUCAUUUAUGAACCACACGUUUGUGUCGUAUGGUGAUAUAUCACACCCCUAUUUUGUUGGUUUAGGGCCAUCUACCUGUAGUGUCAGCACUGUAGAGUUAAAGCAACACUAGGUAACUUUUCAACCUUUAUAAAAUAUUUUAUAACAUUUGUGAUGAUAUGUAGACUGACAACUAGUUGAAUGAUGCCUCUUUUAUAUCUUGAGGGGUUCUGUAUCGGUGUCACCGGCACUAAUCAACUUGGAGGAGGGUGGCAGGAACCCCGCCACACACAAAAAAAAACUACAAAUGUGCUGAUUGCUUUAUGGCAUACGUCACUUCCACCUUUCUCCAUUCAUCAUAAAGACCGAAGUCGAUGCGAACGCUUUGCUGCGAAUUCUGCAAAGAUGGCAGAGCAACAAGAGACAAAAAGUUUUGUCUGAGUAGGGGAAAAAAGCCAAACCCACCCACCCCCCUCCCUUCAACCGAACUAGUCAGCUCUGACAAGUUCGGGUGGGGUGGGAGUAGCCACACGGUUCCUAACCGUCAUAUGUUAUUGUUUAGCCACAACUGGAUUCAUUACUUAAUUACUAUUCAUCCUUCAAACAGCCGCUGGAAACAGAAAUGUUGUUUAAUACCGUAUUGGCCCGAAUAUAAGACGGCCCCGAUUAUUAUUAAACUUUCUGAAUACCAAAUUUUUAUACAGAAAAUAUUUACAGUACAUCUGAAACAAAUGAUUGUAACAAAAAUUCUGCUGAACACCAAAUUUAUGUACAGAAAAUAUUUAACGUACAUCUGAAACAAAUGAUUAUAACAAUAUAUUUGAGAGAAAAAGCAUGUUAUUGUUCCUCAUUCAAAUCUGAACAUUUAAAUACGUAAACUAAAGUGCAAUCACAUUCGUAAAUGAAUGGCUUCUGGUUUUUGAAAUGUAAAUAAACCAAUCUAUUGUGAUAAAACAACAAAAUUGCAAUAACUGCAUUAACCAUCAAAGUGAGUUCUAACUGUAACUGUAGUCUUGAAACAAAUCUGAAUAAGGAAAAACAUUGCAAUAAAAAAUGCAAACUGGUUAAACUUGAGAGUAGCUGAGAUCUGUCAUGACAGAACAUUACUCCUCAAGUUCUGCAUUCGCUUCAAUGAUAUCUGGCGCCAUCUAGCGUCGUGAAUGGGUAUAAUGUCUACACCCUGAAUACAAGAUGACUCCCACUUUUUCAGUCUUAUUUCAGUGCAAAAAAUACAGUCUUAUAUUUGGGUCAAUACGGAGAUCUGCAGGCGACCGGGCGAUUGAUUAUUGAUUGAUUGAUUGAUUGAUUGAUGAUUAUACGACACUUUGCGGGUGUGCGCUGGUCCUCAUGGGAAACACAGUCUUCCUUAGGGCAAAACAAUACUGCUUUUGUCCACCGGCGUCGCUAAAAAUCAACCAAAACUAAAAAGCUACCAAGUGUUGCUUUAACUAUAACUAUAUUCUAAAAAAACAGAACACAACAGGCUAUUGGGGGUCAGAGUGAAAAAAUACAUAUAUAGGUCUCUCUUGUAGUGCUGGAACGAUUAAUCGAUUAACUCGAGUAAUUUGAUUAAAAAAAAAAUCUUCGAAUCAAAUUUUGCUGCUUUGAGGAUUCGUUUAAUUAGUCCCGUCGUAAUGUUUUGUUUUGAAAGUGUUUGCAUUUAGUUUAAUUGAUUUGGGUCGAUACACUCCCUCUAGUGGCAACAGUGAGUAUGACAUAACUCAUCUAACUUGGCUGGAUCUAGCUGCUCCCUGUUAAGACAAACAUAAGGUUGUAAGUUUUUGUUUGAGAUAGUAUAUUUGUUUAUGCAUUCGUUAUUUAGGUUUGAGAUUUUUUUAGUGGUAAUAUGUGUUUGAACGAUUAGUUAAGAGCAUUGUAAAAAUGAAAAAAGUAAGCAUUUUAUAGCAUUUAAGCUAGUGGACUUUGGCUGUGCAAGUUAGCCAAUUGUUCUUUUGUUGCACUUCGAUCCUCUUUUAUUAAGUGUUUAAGUCAAAAUAUGAUGGAAAUUUACAAAGGGUUUUAUGAUGAUGCAUAAUUUACUAUCGCUUUGGUGAUAUGUAUUAUAAUCAUCCAGCGCUAGUACAGAGUAAAAAAAUCUGUUGGAGGGCAUGCGAGUUUUUGUGAGCACCUAUUAUGUCCUUUCUUUUGUUCCUUAAACUAUUAUAAUAAUUCAGCCAUCAUGAGUCGGUGUCCUGAUGUCCCACAUAACUAUACUUCUUUGUUCGUGUCCUCAUUUUGAAUUUAAAUGAAUCCAUUUAUUCUUUGGUGAAGGUAAACAUCACAGCUAAACUAUUUGCGCCACCGUUAAUCUCCCUGUUGUGUUUGUCCUUGAUUGUGGUAAAGAAUGAGGUCAACCUGCGGCGUGUGGCAGAUUUGGCUGCGUUCGCUAGGCCUCCGACAGAUAAGCACAGCAUCAUGUGUCGCGAGACAAGAGGUUAUCUUUCGCUAGUGUCCUGCUGGACAGGGAGAUACACGUCGCUUCUUUUAUUGUGCCGUCGACACGCAGAUGUUCGGCGACACGCGAAAGCUAACAAAAUGCUCAUCCAGCUGCGGCGAGAGCAGCAGGUGCCUUUCCGCCGAGGCGAGCGGCGCCCUCGGUGAUGCGCUGGAAGUAAAAGUGGAGAGCUGCUUGAGCGCUUCCCAGGAUUGUAAAUUUGUCGCAUGUCAUAAACACUUGGCGCUGUGGCCAAGCUAGGAAUUCCCUUCAUGUGGGCGAAGAUUCAAGUGGGAACAACAAUUUCAGCCUGUGUGUGUGGCACCUCCUUUAAUGCUGAGGCCUAAAAUAAUGACGCUGGAAUUAAUGGUUCCAUAUGGCUAAGCCAUUGGCGAUAAUAUGCUGAAAUUAUAUAUGCGCGUCCUGAAUCUUCAGUUUUUUUCUGUGACGUCAUCGCCGACCUUUUUAUGCUGCUCCUUUAGGCCCCUAAGAGCCUUUUCCCCCUGCUUUCAGUCAUCAUUUAAAGUGCACACUCCUUGGGGAAGGAAGGACCUCUUGAACAUUCAAUUAUCUGACUCAGACAAUUGAGAUCCUCCACCUAUCGUGGAUAUAAAAGGUCUACACGGAAAAAAUGUAGGGAUGUGAACUUCAGUGUUGUUAAUCUUACUUUAAAAGAGUAAUUAAUUACAGUUACAAAUUACUUCUCCCAAAAAGUAAUUGUGUUAGUAACUCGGUUACCUGAAUGUAAGAGUAAUUAGUUACUUGGCAAAGUAAAUGGUGAUAAUUUUCAUGUUUUUUUUCUCAAAAAACAAAACAAUAAAAAAGAGGUUACACAAUGUGAAGUUUAAAGGGUUUUUGGGACAAUAGGCCCUAGCCCAAUUCUAUACCCUAAACUUAACUAGACACAGGGGUAUUGCUGAUGUUGCGAUAACUAGAUAGUAACCUUUGCUAUGUGUGGAAGUCAUUUAAUGUUAUGAAUCAACUGCUAAAGUUGUUAAAAUUACUACCGUUAUUGCAUUAGUUCCCUUCUGUGUAUUUUCGACAUGUGUAAGUUUUAAAACUGUUUCAUCGUUUAAAGAUAGAUUUAAGUUUUGCCGAUUUAGGAGCAUUUUAGAUAAAAAGUUAAUUAGGUUUGCUAGGAAGGUUCUCUACAACAGAGCCUACCUGAGAAGUCUACUGCUUUAAGAUGGCGGCUGUUUACUAACGCAUCUUGUUCUUUAUUAUACAUGUCGCUAAUGCUGACGUGUCUGUCAUUUGCAUCUAGUUCUGUAUAUAUGUGAUAUCUACCGAAGGAUCAUGCGGGCGUAGUUUGUAGGCUAUUGGCUACAGACAGGUACAGUGGGGCAAAUAAGUAUUUAGUCAACCACCAAUUGUGCAAGUUCCCCUACUUGAAAAGAUUAGAUAGGCCUGUAAUUGUCAACAUGGGUAAAUCUCAACCAUCAGACAGAAUGUGGGGGAAAAAAAAAAAAACAGAAAAUCACAUAAGUAUUUGGUCACCUACAAACAAGCAAGAUUUUUGGCUGUCAAAGAGGUCUAACUUCUUCUAACGAGGUCUAACGAGGCUCCACUCAUUACCUGCAUUAAUGGCACCAGUUUUAACUCAUUAUCGGUAUAAAAGACAACUGUCCACAUAACAGUCAUUGUCAGUCACACUCCAAACUCCACUAUGGCCCAGACCAAAGAGCUGUUGAGGGGCACCAGAGACAAAAUUGUAGACCUGCACCAGGCUGGGAAGACUGAAUCUGCAAUAGGUAAAACACUUGGUGUAAAGAAAUCAACUGUGGGAGUAAUUAUUAGAAAAUGGAAGACCUACAAGACCACUGAUAAUCUCCCUCGAUCUGGGGCUCCGUGCAAGAUUGCACCCCAUGGUGUCAAAAUGAUAACUCGAACGGUGAGCAAAAAUCCCAGAACCACAUUUAGGAUUUAGGAGCAUUUUAGAUAAAAAGUUACUUAGGUUCGCGAGGAAGGUUCUCCACAACAGAGCCUUCCUGAGAAGUCUACUGCUUUAAGAUGGCGGCUGUUUACUAAAGCAUCUAGUUCUUUAUUAUACAUGUUGCUAAUGCCGCCGUGUCUGUCAUUUGCAUGUACAGUGGUACCUCUACAUACGAAUUUAAUUCGUUCCAGGACCUUGUUUGUAAGUCGAAAUGGUCGUAUGUCGAGCAGGAUUUUCCCAUAGGAAUACAUUAUAAUUCCAUUAAUUCGUUCCAAAGCCUAAAAACAUACACUAAAUUCUUAAUAAAUACUGCUGGCACUGUUACAAAUGGCAAUUAAACAUAGAAAAACAAAUAAGUUAUAAAUAAAUAAGUCAGAAUAAUAUAAUAAUAAGAAGAAUAAUUAAUAAUUAUUCCUGUAAAUAAUGUAACGAAUUGGAUUCUAAUAUGGCGGACACUUUUUACUGUCCCUGAACGCACCGCGAAGCUGACGUCAUAGUGAGAUAGGUCGGUGCGGUAGAGAUAAUACUUUCGUUUUCUUGAGAGCAGUCAACUGCUUAAGACAAUGGGCGUUUUGUGUUGGAUAAGUUCUUAAAUAAAUGAUAAAAACGUGACGAAGCUGGCGAUUUCCUUGGCAAUGUUACCACAAUAAUAAUUGUCACCUUAACUUAUAAAUAGUGGCGAACGGUGGUCGGAAGAGGACCAUGGAGCUGUAUUGUUGAGCCAGUUCAGGGACGCGCACCCCAAGCUCAUAUUUUUCUAUAACUUGCAUCUUCAUUUCAAAGGUAAGCAUUACUUUUUUCCUUGUUUCUCCAACUGUAUCAACUUUUUUUGAAAACUGUGUUGAUUUCUCACACAAGAAAAUCCACCGUGCGUUCCGUUUGCAGUGCUGUCAUGUCGUAUUUCGAGCAACUCGUCGGAUGUAGAAACAAAUGGCGGCUCAAAUUUUACGUCGGAUGUCGAAAAGAUCGUGUGUCGAAGUGAUCGUAUGUAGAGGUACCACUGUAGUUCUGUAUAUAUGUGAUAUCUACAGAAGCAUCACGUGGGCGCAGUUUGUAGGCUAUCGGCUACAGUCAGGUAUUAUUGGAGCCUCCUAGCAUCGUUGCAUCGCGUUUGCAACGGCGUCACACUCCCUUGCCUCCUCCCCACUCCUGCUCUGCUCUCUCUCGUCACCCGUGAGUCCGUCUUUUUAAGACUUUUCUUGUGUCAGUCAACCAACAUCAUAACGCAUAGUAACGCGUGCCUUUCCCGCCUCAGUAACGGUAACGUCGUUGCCAAGAUGAGAAAAGUAAUUAAUUAGAUUACUCUCUACUCAAGACAAUAACGCCGUUAGUAACGUCGUUAUAUUCUAACGCCGUUAUUAACAACACUGGUGAACUUACCCAGUAAUUAUCUAUUUUAAUUAGGAGUGGGUACCUCUUGGUACCUCACGAUACGAUAUGCGAUACAAAGCUCAAGAUAACGAUUUGACGAUAUGGCGAAACAACGAUAUGUCGGGGAAACUCUGGUAUUUUUGCCUUUUGUAUCCUAGAAUUUCCUUCGUAGCAAUAUUUUCCCGUUGACGCGUAUCUGAACCCGAAAAUUCUGUAUGUAGAGGCAUUCGUAAGCAGUGUUGGGCACGUUACUUUAGAAAAGUAAUUAGUUAUAGUUCUUCACUACUUCUUCUAAAAAGUAACUUGAGUUAGUAAUUGCUCUACUUGCUCUACUUGCUUUACUCUAUAGUAAAAGUAACUAGUUACCAGGGAAAGUAACUAUUUCCAUUACUUGAAAAAGAAGUUGUUGUAUGUCAAAGAAUUUAAAAUUUUGUGAGCAGUAUUCGAGUCAGUUGAAUAGAGAACAGACAGGUAGUUUUGUUAUAGAACCUUGUAAUAUUUAUUGCACCUCACCAGCAACAGAUUUAUCCUACACUUGAGGUGCAAUAAAAAUAAACAGAUUUGAAUUGCUUACCACAGAUGUCGACAAAAGCUUUCAACUUAGUGUUGAUAUCUCCACCUCGUAAAUGACAAAUUUUCCCCUGAAUGCUCUGCCAUCAUAUCCCUCUGCAUAUGUAUGCAUUUUCCGGUUUGUGUGUGAAAACACCGGCUCUGAUUGGCUUACCAUGACACAUGACUUUCACCCUCAGCCAAUCACAAUCACUUCCAUCGCAUCUAUCCAGGGGGUGCAUUCAGGUAGCCUUGUCCCCCUAUUCCUCUAGUCACCCUCAAAGCGUCUGCCGUCCUCAAGAUGGAAGCAGCAUUCUUGCUGACUGACAGUGGGGAUGAAAACGAGGCUGGCAUUCAGGUGUAGCAAACACAGAAACGUUAGCAAGCUUUGGAAAGCAUUGUCUAAUUGAAUGAGCAGGGACAAACAGCCUGGAGUUAUAAGAAGUACGUGUGCUAUUCUCGAACCUGAACGCACCCCAAGUCUUGGAUGACAAAUAAACAGAGCAGAGUAGACUCGCUACGGCUGGUAGUUUCUUCAAUUUAUUCAGAGUAAGUAACGCACCGCUUUUGACCGUCAGUAACGGUAACGGCGUUGUAACUGCGGAAAAAAAUAAUUAGUUAGAUUACCCCGUUACUGAAAAAAUAACGCCAACACUGUUCGUAAGUAAAGGUACCCCUGCACUUUAGCUGCGCUUGAUGGCAAUUGUCGUCCAAUCCAUUCGGACUAGGUCUAGUCAUAAUCGAUUGGACGUCUAUUGCCGUCAAGAGCAGCCAAUGAGUUAAAAAUCCAACAAAGGGAAUUCAAGGAUUUGAGGGUGGGCUGGCGUCACGACACUAGCAAAAAGCUAAUGCUAAUUGAUAAAGUGCCGAUUACGCUAAAUGAUUUCAGAACAAAAAAGCUUGCCCGCGUCCCCUCCCACUCUUUUGAAGGCUCGACUCUUUUUAUGACUAAAAUAAUUUGUCGCCGGAGCCAUUAAGACCGAUAAGCGAGGUAAUAAUGCAGAUUGCUUCCCCCUCCAAUCAAGCUCUAAUAAAAGCAAAGCGCAGUAAUUCUACGUGUCUGCGCUCGUGUGUCGUCACGCUCCAUUGUGUGCCGAAAAGGGAAUUUGCUAAGCUUGAGGUGUGAAACGAGCAAAUAAUCCAAAUACAUACCACUCCCCUUGCCAUGCACCCCCGAGAGAGGAGGGGGAAAAAAAAUAACGAUAAUUAAAUCCUGAUUUUGUCAACAAAGCCUCAACAAUUCCUUUGCUAAUUAAGCCGUUAAGAGCCUAGAGUUGCGCUUUGGAGAAAUGUGGGUCAUUUUGACAAUAAUUAACACACAAGGCAAAAAAAAACCUCAACGCCAUCUUUUUAUCUUCACCUGGUGGCGUCGCUCGGGUACACUGCCAAACUGACGGCGAGCCCGUGUGGAGGGAUUUGCUGAUAUGGCAGCUGCUCCUAUUUGUUGUUGUCAUAACGCCGCUAAAGUGCUGCACAAACUGAACGCUUAAUUAAACGUGCCUUUUCUAUAGCGCAUGAGCUGUGCGGCUAAUGUUUCCCCUCCACACAGCGUGAAACCCGAUCGUGGGCGAACUGCACCCACGCCAUCGUUGGACUUUACACCUUCAGGUUUCUUUGCAUUGUCUUGCACGGCUCGAUUUGAUUUUUUUUUUUACAAUCAUAGUGAAUCAAUGUUUAAAAUAUGACAUAAAAGAGCCCUUGUUUAAGCUAAAAAUCCCUCAAGGCAUUAUAAGUCACUAAAUUUAACCACGAAGUUGCCCAUUUUACCAGUUUUAUCCAACAUUUGAUCUGAUCACACUUGCUCAUCUCCCAAAACUUUUCAGUCUAUGAAAGCCGCCACUGACUCGCUUUGUGUCUUUUUUUCCCCCUUGUUUAAUAAUCGUCAGAUUAGAGCACAUCAUCGCUUGGGAUAAGCAACAAACAACAUGACAUGGUGGGCUCGGGUGCAGAACCCAUCGUUGGUGUUUGUCUGUGCUUUCCGCUUUUCUGCUCGGCGGUCAUAAAGAGCAAAGUGACUUUGUGUCCUCACUGCGUGUGCUUGUGAGAGGUCAUUGUUUGCACUCCAUUGCCUGGCCCCGCCUUCUCCUCCCCCAUAUGUACUGUACAUUUAUAAAUAUACACAUGCGUGUGCGGUAGGCGGGCGCAUUCUUUCACCCUACUGAUUACAUUGCUUGACCAGAGACGACCCCGCUGCUCCCCUUUAACCUCGCCUGCGCUGAGCUGAGACAACUAACCUUUGGGUUCAUAGACAAUUGCUGGCGCUUACGUUAAUGUUAAAUAAAUAAAAAAAGAAACCUAUAUAUAAAAACGACUAAAAACAAAAAGUUUAAAUGUUGAAACAAUGUAAUACAAUUUUCAUAUAAAAAAGUAAAAAACUGAGAAUUAAAACAUUUAAAUUACUUAAAGUGCGUACGACAGGAGAAAAAAAGUCUUAAAUAGGAUUAUUAUGUGAAUUAGAAUCAUAUUUUGAGACGAUUCGACUACAUACAACAAUUUAGCAAAGCGCAGAUGACGAGAAAUUAGUCUUUUAAUCUGCCGGUUAGCCACGCCUACCAUUAUAGGGCUCUAGCGUCCCCAACUGGAUGACGUCAGCGGAGUCACGAUUUCAUCUGAUUUAGUAUGCGGCCCAUUUAGGGGGAAUUAUUAAGAACGAGGAAAACGCGACGAAAAGAGCUGCAAAAUGUCAUUGUUUCAGUCUCUCUAUGCCAAUAUUUUUACAGGAUAUUCUUUUUAUCCAAGUAGUUUUCCCCAAUUGCUAAAUAAAUGGCAUGGUCAUGACAAAUAACGGUCUUGUGCUAAAUGGAAUAUGAAAUAAUAAGGGUGUAACGGUACAUAAAAAUCUCUGUUCGGUAUGUACCUCAGUUUUGAGGUUACGGUUCGGUUCAUUUUCGGUACAGUAAGAAAACCAGAUGCAAAACAUAAAUGUGCUAGUUGUUUAUUACACACCUUUGUGCUUUCAACAAUAGGAACAUUAGCCUAUACAAAGCUAGAAUUCUGCUCAAAAAGUAGCGGGUAUUUAAAGAUAAUCCAACAACAAUUUGCCUUUCAGACCCCACGUAUUGGUCAGCUUUCUUUCUGAAAGAAAGAAGGAAAAAGUCCUGUGCUAAAGAGAAAAGCAAUCCCAAUGACAAAGAUUUUAACAUGUAUUUUACAAAUGAAAUGCCUCAAUGAAUCAUUUUUUUCUAAACCGCCACACAGAAAUUAAUACAUUUAAUUGUGCUGCAGUUGUUGUUAUGAAAAUAUUUUUAGACAGGUUGAAAAGUUACCUAGUGUUGCUUUAAAUAAAAAGAAACCCACAUUGUAAAUUAUAAAAAAAAAAAAAAAUAAAUUCAACAAAUUCAAUAAAUUCAAUGUAAAAUUACAUUGUUUAAAAUAAAUAACGUGUAUAAUAUAUAUUAGGGCUGUCAAAAUUAUCGCGUUAACAGGCGAUAAUUAUUUUUUAAAUUAAUCACGUUAAAAUAUUUGACGCAUUUAACGCACAUGCCCCGCUCAAACAGAUUAAAAUGAUAGCACAGUGUCAUGUCCACUUAUUACUUGUGUUUUUUGGUGUUUUGUUGCCCUCUGCUGGCGCUUGGGUGCGACUGAUUUUAUGGGUUUCAGCACCAUGAGCAUUGUGUAAUUAUUGACAUCAACAAGUGCGAGCUACUGGUUUAGGUUGAAAAUUGUACAAAUUUUAUUAAAACGAAAACAUUAAGAGGGGUUUUAAUAUAAAAUUUCUAUAACUUUUACUAACAUUUAUCUUUUAAGAAUUACAAGUCUUUCUAUCCAUGGAUCGCUUUAACAGAAUGUUAAUAAUAAUGCCAUCUUGUUGGUUUAUUGUCUUAAUAAACAAAUACAGUACUUAGGUACAGUAUGUUGAAUGUACAGUACAUAUCCGUCUUGUCUUAUCUUUCCAUUCCAACAAUAAUUUACAGAAAAAUAUGGCAUAUUUUAUAGAUGGUUUGAAUUGCAAUUAAUUAUGAUUAAUUAAUUUUUAAGCUGUGAUUAACUCGAUUAAAAUUUUAAUCGUUUGACAGCCCUAAUAUAUAUAAAAGUAAAAAUUUAAAAAAUGAAAUAAAAUUCAAAAUUGAAAAAUCUUAAAUUUAAACAUGUUAUAAAAACAAAAAAGAAAAAUUGAAGCUUGGAACUGACAGUAUUCUUAAUUUAUUUUUAAAGAAACAAACUUGGAGGAGGGUGCAUAAUUCACAGCUCUGGAUUGGACUUCUAUUUCUGUCAAUGGCAGCCUAUGAAGUAACCUGGUCUAAAAACUUGGAAUUCAGCCCUACAAACCUUCUAAUUCAAAAGGACAUCUAUUGCUUUUAAUGGCACUGAAACAUGAUUCCUUAUACCGUACAAAUUUUAGCAAACAAAUAUUUAUAUAUUUAAUUAAAAAGAAACAUGAAUAUAAAUAACUAAACUGAAAUUUCAACAAUUCAACUAAACUUUGUCAAGAAAAAGAAAAAAACAUGGCUCUGCAAGUCAAAAUGGAUUGGACGUCUAUUGCAGUCAAUGACGUAACCGUAAGUACAAACUUGGAAUUAAUUCCUUCAAUAAGACAUUAAAACGGCAAAAAGUGUCACGGCACUGAAUGAGUGCAUUUCAAAGCCUCUGAUCACAAAAAAAUAAAAACACUUCCAGAUUGUUAGCCAAAUAAAAUCAAACUGAAUACAGCAGAUGUUUUAUAUUUCACACGAGAAAAAAGAAAAAAACCCAAAACUGUUCUGGUUCCGUUAACACGCUCCGCUUUCAUGUCUGCUUUUUGAAAAUAUUUGAGUGGAAUCAUGGUAACUGCUUUGGUGCAAAUGUCAAAUGUACGUAAGUUAGAGGAAAAAUCAAGUCUGUCAACAGGGGAAUACAUUUCGCAUGCAUGCAAUAGUGAAAGCUGAAUUUCUGUAUGCUAACGGAUUGUAUAAUCAUUGCUGACCUGGAUGGGAUUAAUUCGUAGAUACAUGAUGCAAGAAGAGUGCAGCCAAAUGUGUAACUCCAUGGCUAAAUUUAGUGACUUAUUGCCAUCGAUGCCACCGACAGAGUUUAAAAAAAAAAAAAAAAAAGGUCGGCACUAAAAUUACAAAUCAGUUUCUGGAAGUUGAAUCACAUUUCCUUUAAGAUCUGCUUUUAGUUAACCUUAUAUUUGAUAGUGGACCACUUGCAGUGUAGUAGUCCGCAUUGCCAUCUCCUGCCGUGACCAUGCACAGGAAGAACGCAAAAUUUUGUGGCGGAUAUGCCAACCGCUCGGUCAGCGUGGCAUUUGACCAACUAAAUAUUAAAUUGUAAUUCAGUUCCGUGGCGUAUUUUUGGAUUUUGUGGUUUUGCUCCAAAACUAACAUUUCAAUUAUGGCUGCCACAAAAGAUUAUUUUGAUUGUUGAUUCAUAAUGGAUUAGUUUUUGCAAUGUGUUGACGAAUUGGCUCGCAUAUAAUCCAAGUUAUUAACUGUUGUAAUCUCGAGUGAGCAUUUUAAACUAAAUUUGUUAUGCUUGAGAAAGGUUGGACUAUGAAUACUAAGUGUAACUGUUUUAGGGCUGAAGGUAUCGAUUAUUUUUGUAGUUGAUUAAUCAAUGAACUAGUUAGUUCGAAUAAUCAAGUAUUCAGAUAAGGAACAUCGGAAAUUAAAAUACCUGAGCUGACCCUCAAACGUUAUAAAAAAUAAAUAAAUCAGGAUCUAAGUACAACAAAAGAACAAUUGGUGAAUUUACAUAGCAAAAGUACGGUAGCUUAAAUGCUAUAAAAUGCUAACUUUUUAUUUUUUGAUACAAUGCUCUUAAUUGGUUCAAACACAUAUUCCCGCAAAAAAACAACAACAACAACAACAAAAAAACCGCUAAAUAUACUUAGAAACUAAAUCAUGAAUGCAUUAAAAGAAAAAUUAGCUCCAACAAAACUUAGCUUAUGCUGGACUUAACAGGGAGCAGCUGGAUUCAGCCAUGUGAAGUGAGUUAUGUCAUAUUCACUGUUGCCACUAGAGGGCAGUGUACCCACCCAAAUCAAUAAAACUAAAUGGAAACACUUUCAAAACAAAUCAUUACAACACCACUUUAACUUAUCGAAUAAUCGAAGCAGCAAAAUUUAAUUCCAAUAUUUUUUCUAAUCGAAUAUCUCGAGUUAAUCGAUUAAUCGUUGCAGCACUACAAACGGGAGCUAUAUAUGUUUUCGUUUUUUUUCACUCUGACCCCUAAAAUCCUGUUAUGAUCAAUUUUUUUAGAAUUUAGUUAUAGUUAAAGCAACACUUGGUAGCUUUUCAGUUUUGGUUGAUUUUAGCGGCGCCGGUGGACAAAAGCGGUAGUGUUUUGAUUAAUCGUUGCAGCGCUAUGCAACGCUAUCACUCCUUUCCCAAGUUUUUUUUUUUUUUUAAAUAAAAAAAAGAAUGUUUUUUUUUUUCAUGGUUUUCAUGUUUUUAGAAUUUACGAACGUACUUAAACAAAAAGAUUAUUUACAGUUUAUAACUUUUUGUUAUUUUAUCAUUUUUAACAGAUGAUUAAAGAAAAUUACAAAGAAUGUUUUGUCUUUUUUAAUUUUUCUAAAUAAAAUGUAAUAAGAUUCAGUUUUUUCAAGUUUUUGUGAGGAUUUUUUUUUUAAAUUAAAAAAAAAAAGUAUAUUUAAAAUGUUUUCAUUUGGGAAAAAAUGAAUUAAAAAUAAUAAGGAAUAGACCACAGUUUAUCACUUUUUUUUUUUAAAUUAAUGUAAAAAAAAAAAAUUUUUUUUUUAAUUGUUUACAAUUGAGAGGGUCAAAAAAAGGAGGCUUUGGGCAGUUUAUAGGUCAACUCUGUCAACAUUUAAUCAACUAUAAAAAUAGUUCUGAAUUCAUUCGAUAAUUCAUUAGUCCUUAAUUACUCGAGUCAUAGUAGCAGCCCUAAUUUAAAUAUGAUAAAUCCCUAUUGUUAGCUUAAGAAAUGACAAAACCCCACAUAAUCAAUCUGCGUGAUUCCAUAUGCAGCCACUGCUGGUGAAAGAGAGAAAAUGAGCCCAGAAAGUGGGUCAACCGUGCGAGAUGCGGUCCUCGCGUCAGGACAAUCGCGGGUGCGCGUAUCCGCGGUGGUUCCGCUCCACUACCCGGCGGAGAAGAAACCUCGGCCCGGCCCGAUCAAUCCCCGCCUUGGCUCGCUUACAGCGCCGCCGCCAGCGAGCGAGAGCCGAGCCUUUCAACUCGGCAAACAAGCAGAUUGCGGCGAAAGCGACUCACGCUGGAUUAUUGGCGCGUUCAAACCGGCUUUUCUCUGCGAGUUUGCAAGCGGGUAUGAAAUGCAAAUCCGCCCGCUUUCAUCCCCAAUGAAAAGUGGCGCGCUAAUGAACACGCUGGUUUAUUAAUAGAGAUUUAAGCGAUACGCAGACUCGCCGACGCUUGUGCCAGACCGAUGAUUAAAGUGUCAACAAGCAACAACCUCAAACGCUUUGAGGUUUUUCGAGCCUCACGAGCGCCCUCUUUCCUUUAAUUGGAUGGAUUGGACUUCUAUUUCCAUGAAUGGCAGCUCGAGCAUUAUACACUGUAAAGGUUAAAAACAAGGGAUGUGCCAAAAGCAAAAUUCUUGGCUGAAACCGAAAACCGAAUAUUGUAAACAGAUCAAUAAUACAUAUGGACAAUCCAUUUUCUAUUACCAAUAUUUAUGCCAAAGCUGUGCUUUUGUUAUAAAGCUACCUAAUUAUGGCAAAAGACAUGAUUUUGGCAAAAACCCAACUACAGAUUUUACUAUCAGUUUACGGGACACGGGGCUCGGGGCUAUUUUCAAAAACUUAAAACUCAAAUAUUUUCAAAACCAAAACUGCGAGCGACCUAAAACCAAAACAGGCACCUCUCUUAAACAUACACAAGUUUCCAUGAGGAGUGACAUCAAAAAAUUCAAAUUCGUUCCCUCGUAAAAUCCCGAUUAUUUUAUACAAGUAUAACAAAACUUAAAACGGCUAUAAAAUUCGCAAAUUUGACGCCGGAUGCACAAAAAUCACCAAAUGCAGAGAUAAUCACAUAUGUUUUCAGGAUCAACAGCAAUAAUUAAGAAAUAUAGGUUUUUGCGCAAAAUAGCUUAAAUAUUAGCUUAAAUAACUUUGCGCAAGAUAGCUUAAAUAUUAGCUUAAAUAACUUAAAUUAUUUUUUAAUUCAUAACAGCCAAUAAAUCACUCAAUUUUCACAUCAGAAACAAUACUUAAGCAUGCAGAAUCAUCUUAAUUUUACUCAACAAAAGCAAAAUUUGCAUUUUUCUAUAUACAAUUACGACUUAUUUAGGUAGAAUUAAGCUGUUGUGUAGAGAUGCAAAAUCCAUAAUGGCGGCCGUCACAAAACAAUGAGCUUCUUAAGUCGACUUCAGUUAACUUCUUGUAAAUAAAUACGUAAAUCACGGAAUUUGUAGAGCAAUGAACGCAAAACAGUCUAGAUUCUUGGUAAAAGCGAAAAACGGGCAAUUAUCGUUCAUUUUACGUAAAUAUUUCAAGCCAAAGUUAUGGUAAAAAACAAAGAGCUUUUUAAGUUGAGAAUUCUUGUAAAUAAAUGCGUAAAUUUGUAUAGAUAUGAACCUAAAACGGUCUAGAGUCUUGAUUAAAAGCAAAAAAAAAAAUCGACCCAUGCUAACAUGCUAACAGUUCACAAAGGGCUACACAGACAAAACAUGAUCAAUAAACCAUUUAUUUACUUUUUGUCAUUCACUCCGUGCUUGGAUGAACAUCAAGAAAUAUGUAAAAAAAACAAAUAAACGCACUUAUGCAGUUGGGCGUGGGUGAUAUUUUUCCUCCAAACAAGGUGGUGUGGACAUUAUGUUUUUUUUCUUGAUGGAUGGGGCAAAAUAUUCAUUUUUAAAAAGCCCUGCUAUGUGUGGUCAUUAGAGGCGUGCAAAAUUUCCAAUUCUUAGAUUAUUCGCGAUUCGGCCGUGGAAGAUUCGAGAACGAUUCACAAACAUCCAAAUUCUGAUUAUUGAAUUAUACCAGGUAAAGCGGAAAUAAAACGCAGUCAGCGCGGUCUUCGGGACGCAAUGUGGAACGGACCGAGAGUAAAUAUCAUGUGCAGCUAAUGCCGCUAGGUUAAAAAAAUAAAAAAUAAAAAUACCAGCCUGCGGCCGUCAGCCACUAUAAACAGCGCCCAGUUGGUAGUUGCUACAAACAUACGGCAACGGUAGAUAUCACAUAUAUCUAGACUAGAUGUGAAAUGACACUUUCCCGCGCUAGUAAACAGGCGCCAUCUUAAAGCAGUAGACUUCUCUAGAAGGUUCUGUUAUAGAGAACCUUAUUACUUUUUAUCUAAAAUACCCCUAAAUCGGCAAAACCUUGACUUGAAUCUAUCUUUGAAUGAUGAAACGGUUUUAAAACUUGUCACAUGUCGAAAGUAGACAGAAGGGAAAUUAUGGAAUAAUGGGAGCAAUUUUAACAACUUUAACGGUUGAUUCGCAACAUUAAAUUGAAUGUAGUUUUAAGCUGCUGAUACAGAAUGGGGACUGGAGUAUUUUAUUUACUGUUUUUAACCGGUAACUUGAUAGUAAAAUCGUAGUUUAGUAUAUUUAGCCUGAGAGGAUUUUUGAACAAUUUUUAAACAAAUAUACAAAACAUAAAAAAAAAAAAAAAUGGGAGGGGGGCAUCAAUAAUUGAUUUAUAAUCGAAUUGGAGUCUCUGAAUCGUAAUCGUAAUUGAAUCUUUUGGUGCCCAAAGAUUCCCACCUCUAGUGGUCAUUGCCUAAGUUAAAGAAAAAAAAAUUGAAUGUUGACUGAAAUACUCUUGUUUUUUAAAUGUAUUUUUUUAAUAUAUGUUAAUACUGUGUUUAUCGAAAAAUGCGGCCUGACAGUUAAGGGUUUGAGGGGAGGAAUGAGACAAAACCGACAUCGGACAUAGGGCGAGAAACCGCAACAGAACAAUAGUUGAAUACUUGAGUAACUCUUGAUUUAUGAAUGCAUGUAACCUAAGAGUCGCAUUCUUUUUUAGAAAGGAAGGGAGGCAACAGCUAACAGUCCGACAUUGAUUUUAAGUAACAGAUUUAUAAUGUAGAUUUAAUAGUGAGGAAAAUUUUGGGGACAACCUAAUGCUGUAAACAUUGCAAUUUUCCCACAAUUUCUACAAGCUUCUUUAUCAUCUAGAAAUGUUCAUAAUAUUGUAUUUUAGCACAUUGGCUAAUAUUGACAAUUUUAGACAUGUAAUCCAUUUUGAAUAGGAGGAGCGACUAGACAUUUGUUCAUUCGCCGUAGCCUUUGUCAGUAAGUAAUAUUGCGAUUAACCCUGAGGAAUUAAUGUGAUUAAUUAAUCCCGAUUAGAAUAAUUGAAUCAUUGCCCAGCCGUAGUUUAAAUACAAGCUGUCAUUGUUAGUCAUUCUGGCAUCUGUAGCUGCAUUCCAUUGUGUGUCUGUUAGGAUUGGGAACCUCUGAGUACCUCACGAUAAGAUUUGCGAUACAAGGCACACGAUAACAAUGAUCUCACGAUAUGGCGAUACAACACUUAUCGAUGCACAUGUCAGGAAAUCUUUCUAGGAUAUUAUAAGAAAGCACUAAAAAACAGCAAAACAAGCUGUUUUCAUCAUUCUGCUGUGAAUUGGAAUAAAUUUAUCACUAGUAGAUGUCCAGUGCAUUUAAACCGGGAGGGAUGGUAGCACGAUUUGGGUUACUGUAAAGCAGGGGUGUCCAAACGUUUUGCAAAGGGGGCCAGAUUUGGUGCGGUAAAAAUGUGGGGGGCCGACCUUGACUCACGUCCUUUACGUAGAACAAUAUAGAUUAAGCAAAUUUUAGCAAGCCAUUCUGUGUGUCAUAUUUGCUUUAUUAUUUGUUUUAAUUACCGUAUUGGCCCGAAUAUAAGACGGCCCUGAUUAUAAGACGCCUCUUUUUCAAGACUCAAGUUUGAAAAAAGACUUUUUGAACACCAAAUAAAUUUUUAUACAGAAAAUAAUGACAGUACAUCUGAAACAAAUGAUUAUAACAAUAUAUUUGAGAGAAAAAGCAUUUUAUUUUGCCUCAUUCAAAUCUUAAUAUUUGAACAUUUAAAUAUGAAAAACUAAAGUGCAAUCACAUUCGUAAAUGAAUGGCUUCUGGUUUUUGAAAUGUAAAUAAACCAAUCUAUUGUGAUAAAACAACAAAAUUGCAAUAACUGCAUUAACCAUCAAAGUGAGGUCUAACUGUAACUGUAGUCUUGAAACAAAACUGAAUAAUAAAAAAAAAAAAAGCAAUAAAAUAAUGCAAACUGGUUAAACUUAAGAGUAGCUGAGAUCAGUCAUGACAGAACAUUACUCCUCAAGUUCAGCAUUCGCUUCAAUGAUAUCUGGCGCCAUCUAGCGUCGUGAAUGGGUAUAAUGUCUAGACCCCGAAUAUAAGACGACUCCCACUUUUUCAGUCUUAUUUCAAUGUAAAAAACACAGUCUUAUAUUCAGGCCAAUACGGUAGUAAUUUCAACAAUCUCGCAACUAGCCUUUGUGGCGUUCUCUUUCGAUUCUCGGGCUCCUGCGAAAUACUGCUGUGAAAUUAAAUUAGCUUCAAGUUGCUUCAAUUUCUCGCUGUAUCUUCCCUGUAAUCUUGUUGUACAUUUCAGCGUGUCUUGUUUGGUAAUAUUGCCUCACAUUGAACUCUUUGAAAACGGCGACUGUCUCUGCAAAUGGGGCAGACAGAGUUGUUGCGUAUUUUGGUGAACAAAUAGUCCAAUUUCCACCUAUCCUUGAAGUGUUGACCGUUGCAGUCAACUUUUGUUGUUGUUGAUUGACGCCAUUUUAGAAAAUUGGAAGGGUCACACGGGGUAAUUUUGCUUAGAGUGCUGCUGCCUUUUAGUGGGUAAAUUUAGUGUGUAAGCUACUUCAUAUGCUGGUAGCAGUACUGCUGACCACUUUAUCAAGUCUGUGUGCGGGCCGGAAGUUAUUGAUUUUAUGACAGAGGCUGGGGGCCUGAUAAAAUUUGACCACGGGCCGCAUUUGGCCCCCGGGCCGGACUUUGGACAUGUCUGCUGCAAAGGAAGUGAGUCAAGAAUGUCCCCUAUGAAUAGGAAGCGACUCAAAAUCGACUGGAGGUAACCUGUAAAUGCCCUAAAAGGAACAGAAAUAGACCUGUAAAUGCCUACAAGACAUGCUCUGGUUUUAGUGCUAUCUAGUCAGAAUGAAUGUGAUGGCCAGCACCGGCAAUAGCAGCCAAUGAGCUAAUUUGCAAUUACAGCUCUAAAACAUGUUACUUUGAAAUAUCUGGGUUUAAAAAAACAAACAAAAAAACAUUUUUGUUUUUCAAAACAUAUUAGCUAAUUGGAACAUAAGUAUAAUGUUAAUUUUAAAAAAAAAUCUAAAUUAAGUUUAAAUGCAGUCCUUUAGGUGAGCCUAAACCCACAGCCACAGCUCAACAUUAUUACCAUCAGAAUUUUUUUUUUUUAAAUUCUAAUCUAUAAAAAGCAUGUGUGUAUGAUUCGUAUCAUGUUUACAAUUAUACACACUUUUUCUCAACAAAGAAGGUUGUCAGAGAGAAAAAAAACACGUUUUAUCACCGCUAGACAUACUAAACACGCUGGAGUUAACUCUCGUAGCUGGUGGGAAACUUUCAUGACAGUGUUUACUAACCUUUAUUUUUGUAGAAAUGCAAAAUCAUAUUCGAGGUAUUGCCUCCUCGGCAACCACCCUCCGCAAACAUGUUUUACAUGUCGGUUGGCCCUCCUCCCUUAAGCCGCAGCCGUCUGUAACUUUUCUGUAGCCAAAGUAUUCCCGCACCAGCGAUUUUGUUUUCUUCAAUGGCGGGGAAAAGUUCAGGAGUUUCACCUCCUCCAGCCAUCGUGUAGCACAGCUGACUCACUGACACUUGAGCAACAACAGGUGGGGGAUGGUUGAGCCUUGCAGCUGCAAGCGAGGCAUUUCUCCAUGCAUUUUUGGGACAUAAAUAUCUAAUUCCUUGGGGACGGUAUGAUGGAAAAUGUUUGCCUUUUUAAAAUGAUAUAUCAAUUAUUAGUAGCAGCAUAGUCUUCAUAAUAUAUUGACGGGGGACAGGACGCGGGGCCGAUAAAUAGGGAGCCUACAUUGUUGGCGAGGCCGUCAAAGCUGACAGUGGAAUCACAGACAAAAAGCUUCUCGUGAAUAAAUGCUUAAAUCCUUGAAUUCUUUAUAGAUAUGGGUGUAAAACCGUCUCGAUUCUUGGUUAAAAGCAAAAAAAAAAAAAAAAACGUGCUGCAUUUAUUUUACCUAAAUAUGUUGAAGUACAAUGCUAGUCUGUUAGUGAAUGUAGCUAGCGGCCGCCUUAUGUAAACAGAGCUUUUCCGGUGAAAAUUCUUGCCAAGAUAUGGAUGUAAAACAAUCUUGAUUCUGGGUUAAAAACAAAACAAAAAAAAAACGUGUAGUUAGCAUUUAUUUUCCCUAAAUAUGUCGAAGUACAAUGCUAGUGUAUUAGUAAAUGUAGCCAGCGGCCGCCUUAUGUAAACAGCUUUUCCGGUGAAAAUUCUUGUGAAUAAAUGCUUAAAUCCCCACAUUCUUGAAAGAUAUGGACGUAAAACAGUCUCGAUUGUUGGUUAAAAGCAAAAAAAAAACAAAAACAAAAACGCGCAGUUAGCAUUUAUUUUAUGUAAAUAUGUCAAAAUACAAUGCUAGUCUGUUAGUGAAUUUAGCUGGCGUCUGCCUUAUGUAAACAGAGCUUUUCUGGUGAAAAUUCUUGUGAAUAAAUGCUUAAAACCUCACAUUUUUUAAAGAUAUGGAUGUAAAACAGUCUUGAUUCUGGGUUAAAAGCAAAAAAAAAAAGUGCAGUUAACAUUUAUUUUCCCUAAAUAUGUCGAAGUACAAUGCUAGUGUAUUAGUAAAUGUAGCUAGCGGCCGCCUUAUGUAAACAGUUUUUCCGGUGAAAAUUCUUGUGAAUAAAUGCUUAAAUCCCCACAUUCUUGAAAGAUAUGGAUGUAAAACAGUCUCGAUUGUUGGUUAAAAGCAAAAAAAAAAAAAAAAAAAAAAAAAAAACGCAGUUAGCAUUUAUUUUAUGUAAAUAUGUCAAAAUACAAUGCUAGUCUGUUAGUGAAUUUAGCUGGCGUCUGCCUUAUGUAAACAGAGCUUUUCUGGUGAAAAUUCUUGUGAAUAAAUGCUUAAAACCUCACAUUUUUUAAAGAUAUGGAUGUAAAACAGUCUUGAUUCUGGGUUAAAAGCAAAAAAAAAAAGUGCAGUUAACAUUUAUUUUCCCUAAAUAUGUCGAAGUACAAUGCUAGUGUAUUAGUAAAUGUAGCUAGCGGCCGCCUUAUGUAAACAGUUUUUCCGGUGAAAAUUCUUGUGAAUAAAUGCUUAAAUCCCCACAUUCUUGAAAGAUAUGGACGUAAAACAGUCUCGAUUGUUGGUUAAAAGCAAAAAAAAAACAAAAACAAAAACGCGCAGUUAGCAUUUAUUUUAUGUAAAUAUGUCAAAAUACAAUGCUAGUCUGUUAGUGAAUUUAGCUGGCGUCCGCCUUAUGUAAACAGAGCUUUUCUGGUGAAAAUUCUUGUGAAUAAAUGCUUAAAACCUCACAUUCUUGAAAGAUAUGGAUGUAAAACAGUCUCGAUUGUUGGUUAAAAGCAAAAAAACAAAAAACAAAAAACGUGCAGUUAGCAUUUAUUUUACCUAAAUAUGUUGAAAUACAAUGCUAGUCUGUUAGUGAAUUUAGCUGGCGUCCGCCUUAAGUAAACAGAGCUUUUCCUUUUUUCGGCUUAAUUCCUGAACUCUUUAUAGAUAUGGAAGUAAAACAGUCUCGAUUCUUGGUUAAAAGCAAAAAAAAAAAAAACGUGCAGUUAGCAUUUAUUUUACGUAAAUAUUCUGAACUAUGAUGCCAAUGCAGUAGCGGGUAAUUUCUCCCAUUGAUUUUUUUUUUUCACAACGCUUCAAAAUGCAUGCAUGGUACCAAAAAUAUAAUAAUUACCAUAAAUCCUCGAACAAAUCACUCCUGAGACAAUCCUUCCUGUUUGAAUGCGUUACAGCUUUUGUACUUUUUCAACAGAAAUCUGGCGUUAGAUCACUGCGUGGGUGUGUCUGUGAAUAGCUCCUCUUGAUGUGGGCGGCCCCCUACUUGAAUGCGAGGCGGAGUGAAUGACCGAUCUGACCUGUCAAUACCAUUAUGAAGUCUAUGGGUGGAGACGAGGCGGAGCGCGCCACGCAGGAGGCCCCAGGAAAUAAUUAGCCGUGCGCGCAAACACACACAACAUGACUGAUCGGUUGGCCCCACCUCCUCUGGACCGUCAAGGCUGACCAUCAACCCCUCACCCAUCCUUGAUACUCCAAGGUCGCCGUGAGGGGACCCGGUGCCCCCUCCCCCCGCCCACCAUCCAGAUACUGCGGGGCGCUGCCCCUGCCCUCUUCCGGCAACCGACCCCUCCCAAUCGGCGAAUGACAAGCGUGCAUCCGAGGGCGGGGCUUGCCUCAGUCUCUCGUGAUUGGCUGCUGGAUGGAAUUGAGGUGAAUGGAACACAUGCCCAAGGAGCAAGAGCCUAACCCACUCGAGGGCGAAGAGAAACGGUGGCUCAAUGGCCCGAAGAGGAAGAGGAAGAACAGCCAAUGUUCGGUUAAGAGCAUGACGGGGUACAUCCCCAGCUACCUGGAGAAGGAUGAGCCGUGUGUGGUGUGUGGUGACAAGGCCACAGGCUACCACUACCGCUGCAUUACAUGUGAGGGCUGCAAGGGUUUUUUCCGCAGAACCAUCCAGAAGAACCUGCACCCCGCCUACUCGUGCAAGUACGAAGGCUGCUGCAUCAUCGACAAGAUCACGCGCAACCAGUGUCAGCUAUGUCGCUUCAAGAAGUGCAUCGCCGUUGGCAUGGCUAUGGACUUGGUUCUGGACGACUCCAAGCGGGUGGCCAAGCGGCGCCUGAUCGAGGAGAACCGCGAGCGCCGCAAGAAGGAGGAAAUGGUCAAGACGCUUCAGAACCGGCCGGAGCCCACCGGGUCGGAGUGGGAGCUGAUCCACAUGGUGACCGAGGCCCACCGGCACACCAACGCUCAGGGCUCUCAGUGGAAGCAGAAGCGCAAAUUCCUGCCGGACAAAAUCGGCCAAUCACCGGUGGCGCCCACGUCGGACGGCGACAAGGUCGACUUGGAGGCCUUCAGCGAGUUCACCAAGAUUAUCACUCCCGCCAUCACGCGAGUGGUCGACUUUGCCAAAAAACUUCACAUGUUUUCAGAGUUGCCCUGCGAGGACCAGAUCAUCCUGCUGAAGGGCUGCUGCAUGGAGAUCAUGUCGCUGCGGGCGGCCAUGCGCUACGACCCCGAGAGCGAGACGCUGACGCUGAGCGGCGAGAUGGCGGUCAAGCGCGAGCAGCUCAAGAACGGCGGGCUGGGCGUGGUGUCGGACGCCAUCUUCGACCUGGGCAAAAGCUUGGCGCAGUUCAACCUGGACGACACAGAGGUGGCGCUGCUGCAGGCCGUGCUGCUCAUGAGCUCAGACCGCUCCGGCUUGACGUGCGUGGACAAAAUCGAGAAGUGCCAGGAGGCCUACCUGCUGGCGUUCGAGCACUACAUCAACUACCGCAAGCACAACAUUCCUCACUUCUGGCCCAAGCUGCUGAUGAAAGUGACGGACCUGCGCAUGAUCGGCGCCUGCCACGCCAGCCGCUUCCUGCACAUGAAGGUGGAAUGUCCCAACGAGCUCUUCCCGCCGCUCUUCCUGGAGGUCUUCGAGGACCAGGAGGUGUGACGGACAAAACAGGAAAUAAAAACGUGACAUCUGGGAAGGGAGGAAAAAUAGUUUGAACUGGAACUCACCAGCAGGAAGAGGAACAAAAACGAGAACUCGUAGCGGCCCUUCUGUCCGAGCACGCUGUCUCAUUUUCCGCCAUCACACACACAGAAAACAGCAGCCAUAGCUCGUCUCAGUAUUACGCUCACGGUUCUCCAGAUCCCUCAAGUCAAAUCUGAGCCGUUACAGUCCAUACCAAGCGACACCGGUGCUAAUGUUCUUCAGACUACUCCAUUUUUUUGUGUGUGUGUGUACUGACCAUGGCUCCAUAUCUACCUUUUUUUUUUUUUUUGUCUUCUUAAGUCAUCGGACCGGCGCCUGUGACAAACACACACACACAGAUGAACACGUACACAUAGCCUCACCUCAGUAACGUGAAUGCCUCAUUGGCUACCUCUCACGGUGGCUUUUUUUGUGUUUUUUUUUUUGUUUUUUUGUUUUUGUUCCUGGGGUCCUAACCUGCGGGGCCUUUACUAAGUCCUCCUACAGGCUUCCAUGCACAUUUGCCUUUUUAUUUUCUUUCUUUUAAGUUGUUAAGAAAAAAAGAAAUAUAUAGUGACAUUAUUCAGUGCAGGCGAAAAAUAUUUUACCUCAAAAGUGGACACACCCCCACUGGUUCUGGGCACUACCUCACCUUUAUACACACACACACACACAAAGACACACACACCUCAGUUAUAUUGGUUGCAGAGAAAUGCCACUGAAGAAGACAGGAGGGUGCGCCAUUUCCCCCUUUUUGGGUGAAAAACUUGUAAUCACCUUUGGAUUUUUUUUUAAAGAGGGACCAAGAGUUUUGAGAUUUAAAAUCUAGACAAGAACACACACACACACCUUAAGAAGCGGUGAAAAGGAGCGCUUAGACGCCACGCGCAGGAACGGGAAGCUCCGCCUCCCCUCCCCCGGACAGCGCUCGACUCGGCUUUUUGCACUACUCGCAAAAAGGAGCGGCCUCUGUGUGACGGAGGCGGCGGGCACAGCCCAACACUCGCACUGUCAGUAUUAGCGACCACGUCCAUCCACCAUUUGGGGGAGAGACGGGGGCGGGGCUGGAACGCCGCCGUUUUCCAAAGUAGCAACUGGGAAGGAUCCCUCCUUGUGAAACAAGGUGGUGACGAUGGUCCCUUCAGAUGCCCUUGAGAUGUUCGGAUAUUAAAAAAAUAACAAAGAGAAAAAAACCUAUGCAGGUUUGGAAUUCCACAAGAAGACGGGAAAAGGCUGAGUGUGUUUGAUUGUGCGCGUGCGUGCGUGUGUGUGGGAGAGACGCAAAAGUUGUGAAGCUGCUUUAGCGCAGGGGUUCUCAAAAUUUCAGGUCAAGGGACCCUUUAUGGAGCCCCCCACAGGUAAUUCUAAUGUUAAAAAAAAAAAAAAAGAACUGUCCUGUCAAUGAGUCAAAGGCUGCUUUCGGAAUGUAGGAACCUGAGUACUUCGUCGUGCAUGGGUUCUGCACCUAAUACGAACUGCUGUGGUGUUGUAGUCUACGCUAGUUACUCGCUACACCCACUUCUGGCAAAAUAAAACCGCGAAAACUAAGCUGAACGGAAAACAAUAUAGGAGACCGUCGAGGCACAGCGGCAAUUCUUGCUUGUUUGAAGGGUGUAGUUUCCAUCGACAAGCAAAUCCAGCAUCCAAUGACGAGACUGGACGAGCACACAGAUUUAGAAUGUGGUUUUUUUUUUUUAAAUAUGACUGCUCUUUGAGACACACUAGUAUGGCAGGGGCAUAGCAGCUAAUUUCAGCGAAUCACCAAACACCUAGAUAAUUGAGUUCCUAUAGCUCAACUGAAAGCAAGAACUAAAAUGGUUCUUGGAACUCGAGUUCCUGGCAUAGGCGGAGUUUGACUUUUGGGGCAGGGGGUGCACAGCAUGUUGAUAACCCCGAAACGCAGUGUCAGCAAUAAAAUUAACUUACAAGAAUAUUUGUAAUAAUAAGUUGACAAUGCGCGUUUUUUGUUUCCCAUCAUUCUUGAGGGGAAUUCUAAAUCAGGCUGCUUAGGCAAUACUUUUUGCCAAGAUCGUCUUCCAUUGAAUAUGGUAUGCCCGCCGGUAUCGUGCCAAUGUAGUUACCCUAGUCAAAAAUUGUAUCCCUGGGCGGAGCCAUAUAGAGGUAGAUUUGUGUCUAUUAUUCAAUAAUAAAAAAGUUGCUUCAGUAAAAAAAAAUCAAUAAAAAUAUGUAUUUUCAACCAAAACAAUUGUCGCUUCAAUAAAAAAAAAUGUGUUUGAAUGCAAAAAUAAAUUUGAAACUCAAACUAAAAAAAAUGCAAAAUGCAAAAAAAAAAAUUUUUUUUUUUUUUUUUUUCGAUUGAAGCAACUUUUUUGAUUGGAGUAAUGUUGAUUAGUGUUUGGGCCACAUUUUGGCUAGGACAUAUUUGUCAUUAUUCAAUCAAUAAAUAAGUUGCCUCAAAAAAAUUUUUUUUUUUUCAAAAAGAAAAAUCACUUCAAUCAAAAAAAAGAAAAAAUUCAAUUAUGGAAAAAGUUUUUGAAUGUGAAAAAAUAAAAUUUGCAUUUAAACACUUAAUUUUUCAUUGAAAAAGUUUUGAUUGAGGCAAUCCGUUUUGUGUUUGGGCCGUAUUAUGGGUAGGACAUUUGUGUCUAAAUCAUUUAAUCCCCAAAAAAGUUCAAUCAAAAAAAAUAUAUUUUUAAUCAAAGAAAAAAAUCAUUUGAAAAAUAAAAUUGCCCUCCCUUAUUUUUUUUAACUUAUAUGCAAAUCAAAUGACCGUCUAAGUUACUAGUCACAUGAUCUGUUCGAAAAAUAAUUUUGACCCUUUAUAAAAAUAUAUAUUUUUGUUCAUUUCAUUCAUUUUUGUUGCAGUUUUAUUGCUUUACAACUUAUAUAUAUAUAUAUAUAGCAAAGUCAAUUACAUGCAAUGACACGUUUUGGCCACCAAGGGGGGCCUGGCCCCCCCCUUAAAAUCCGCUUAUGGUUCCUGGUCCCUAGUUCGUACAUGUGCGAACACGGAAAAUGACAUCAUCAUCCCCUAAUAGGUUGUCAGAACUGCGGAUAGUUCCUUCAGUGCGAAAGUGGAAGAGUUAAAAGAAAAAAUUGUUUUUUUUUUUUAAAGAGAAAUACAGUCCAGAUUUGUUGGCGUGACUUCUUUAGAGCGCCUCGUCAUCUGUUGUGAAUGCAGGGAAACAUGAGAGGAACAGAGGAAACCAUAAAUUCAGACAUGAUGGCCAGUGUUUUUAAUAACGGCGUUACUAACGGCGUUAUUUUUUUGAGUAGUGAGUAAUUUAAUUAAUUACUUUUCUCAUCUUGGCAACGCCGUUACCGUUACUGAGGAUGGAAAGGCGUGUGUUACUAUGCGUUACUAUAUUGGUUGAAUGACGCGAGAAAAGUCUGAGGGAGACUGACUCACUGAGACGACAGAGCAGAGCAAGAGUGGGGAGGAGGCAAAAAAGUUGUGACGCCGAGCAAACGUGAUGCUAGGUGGCUCCGAUAAUACUUGACUGUAGCCGAUAGCCUACAAACUACACCCACAUGAUAUGGUAGACAUGGUAGGUAUCACAUAUAUAUAGAACUAGAUGCGAAAUGACAGACACGGCGGUGUUAGCAACAGUACAGUAUAAGAACUAGAUGCGUUAGUAAACAGCCACCAUCUUAAAGCAGUAGACUUAUUAGGAAAGCUCUGUUGUAGAGAACCUUCUUAGCGAACCUAACUAACUUUUUAUCUAAAAUACUCCUAAAUCGGCAAAAUCUUGACUUGAAUCUAUCUUUAAUUCAGUUUUAAAACUUACACAUGUCAAAAGUAGACAGAAGGGAACUAAUGCAAUAAUGGGAGCAAUUUUAACAACUUUAAACGGUUGAUUCAGGGUAAAGGGUAAAUUAGGGUAAAAAAUUGGGCUGGGGCCAAUGGUCCCAAAAACCUUUUAAACUUCACAUAGUGUGACCUAUGUUUUUUUGUUUGUUUGUUUUUUGAGGGGAAAAAAACAUGAAAAUUAUCACCAGUUACUUUGCCAAGUAACUAAUUACUCUUACAUUCAGAUAACUGAGUUACUAAUGCAAUUACUUUUUGGGAGAAGUGAUUUGUAACUAAUUAAUUACUUUUUUAAAGUAAGAUUUACAACACUGGUGACGGCUAAUGUGGACAAAUUUCAUAUUGUGAAUUUAAAAAAGAAAAAAAAAAACAGCUUUAUUCCGAAAAUAUUAAAAGAUGGAGAAAACCAAAAGUCACUUAAAAAUGUUGACCGAAAUCACCAAAAGAGUUGACAUGAAACUAUUUAAUAGAUAAGUAAAUAAAUAAUGAUGACAAUUCUUUUUAUUAGACUUGUCUGAUAAUGACUUUUUAACCGAUAUCCCGAUACCGAUAUAUGCAGUCAUAGACUUAACAUAUUAUGGCUAAUUGUAUUGUGAUGCCCACUUAAUGCUUUAAUAAUGAUAAAUGUAACAACUUCAAGGUUUUCCAAAUAAACAUUCUGUGGAAAAUAAGAGAACAACUUCAUUUAUUGGAAAAAGUGCCUAUAUUGUGCCAUUAUAUCAAUAAGCAUAACUGCUGUGCUAAGCUGUGACCAGCCCUUGUACAAAGGCAGAAAGCUACAUUCACUUUGAAGGCUACAUGCAUAUUGGCUCAAAACCAAUGAUGGAAAAACAGACGUCGAAAUUAUCUGAUAUCAUUUUAAAAUGCUUUCAUCGGCCGAUAUUAUCGGCUACCCGGUAAUAUCGGACCGCUCUAAUUUUUAUGUCAAUAUUGAAUUGAGUUUAGCUAAACCCCAUGUCAAGAUAGUUCAUGUCAAUGGCAGCCAUGAGUUAAACAUAGGUAUGCACUUUGAAAAAUAACUUUAUAUUGAACCCCUGGGGGGUCCGUGGACCCAAUUUUUGAGAACCCCUCUCUAAGCGUAUUUAGCAAAAGCAAAUUUAAAAGAUUCUUAAUCCUUCAAAGAAAGAAAAAAAGAUGACUUUAAAAGGACUCCUGAACAAAAAAAUGCUAUGAUUUAAUUUUUGCGUUUCCUGGUUUUCUUGUUGCUUUUUUUUUUUUUUUUUUUGCGGUUGAGGAGGGGGGAAACGAGGAGAUUUCGUCUUUUUCGGACCACGCAUGCAUUAUAACCGCCAUCUUGUGUGUGCGCGUGUGUGUGUGUUGUCCGCCCCGUCCCCCCUCUCAACGCCCCUUUUUAUCAGGAGCAACAUACAACCAACAAAACAGGAAAACCACCUCUUUUUUUUGUGUGUGUUUGUUUCAAUGUUGAUGUUUUUUAAUGAUGAAAAAUGUCUUUGGAAAAAAGAAAAAAAAAACAAAGUGACAAAAAAAAAUUACAGAACUGAUACACAAUCUCGUCAUACCUCACAAGAACAAGUCAAAAGGAGCGCGGGGCUUACGUUUUGUUGCAGGCACAAGUGAUGUGAACGCUUGGAAAACAAACAACAGUGUGUUAACAUGAGUUUUGCGCUUGUUGUGGGUUAUAAGUUACAAAAUGGCACCGCCACCUCAAUAAAGCGCCCUCUAGUGGCGUGUUUGUGCGGAAACCGAAGGGGUGCGGGGUGGUUUGGAGUUUUGGCUGAGUGUUACUGGUAUUGAAUGUAGCUGACAGGAGCGGGAGGGGUCAGCACCCCACUCCCGUAAACUUCCACACACCAGCAGAGAGGACGCAACACAACACACACACCUUCGUUGUUGUUUGUGUGUUUGCGUGUCCCAAAAGUUGUCCAACACGGACAAGCCGUCCAAUACAUGACUCCCCUCCCUACCUUCCAUCCUUGAUCCCGCCCCCAACCCACUGUCAUGCGGGCUUUGUGUGUGUAUGUGUGCUGCUCAAUGAAACGCAAUGUUUUGUCGACAUGCUUCGAUGUUGAAUAUGCAAUUUCCCUCCAAAAGUGAAACGUCAUCUGCUCACUUGUGUGGUUACCCAAUCUGCGUGCACAAUUUAAUCUGCUAACAAAAUGGGUUGGGGAAAUUCACCGCCUGAAGCCAGAAUUACUUAACGGCGUGAAAUUUGGUGGAAAUGUCAUGAGUAGAACCCAAAAAUGUCUCAAGCCCGAAGACAUACAAUUUUAGCCAUUUAUGAUUUAUUUUGGUCAUUUCUGGUGGAAGCCAUGUUCCAAAAAGAGUAAGUCAGCCACAUUGCUUUAAAGGGAACCACGGAUAGAAAGAUUUGUAGUUCUUAAAAGAUAAACGUUAUUAUGAGUUAAAAUCAUUUGAUAUCAAAACCCCUCUUGAUGUUUUCGUUUUUAUACAAUUCGUAAAUUACCGUAUUGGCCCGAAUAUAAGAUGGCCGUGAUUAUUAGACGACCCCCUCUUUUUCAAGAUUCAAGUUUGAAAAAAGACUUUUUGAACACCAAAUUAAUUUUUAUACAGAAAAUAAUUACAGUACAUCCGAAACAAAUGAUUAUAACAAUAUAUUUGAGAGAAAAGGCAUGUUAUUUUGCCUCAUUCAAAUCUUAAUAUCUGAACAGUUAAAUAUGUAAAGUGCAAUCACAUUCGUAAAUGAAUGGCUUCUGGUUUUUGAAAUGUAAAUAAACCAAUCUAUUGUGAUAAAACAACAAAAUUGCAAUUACUGCAUUAACCAUCAAAGUGAAGUCUAACUAACUGUAGUCUUGAAACAAAUCUGAAUAAGGAAAAUCAUUGCAAUAAAAUAAUGCAAACUGGUUAGACUUGAGAGUAGCUGAGAUCUAUCAUGACAGAGCAUCGCUUCAAUGAUAUCUGGCGCCAUCUAGCGUCGUGAAUGGGGAGAGUAGCUGAGAUCUGUCAUGACAACAUCGCUUAAAUGAUAUCUGGCGCCAUCUAGCGUCGUGAAUAGGUAUAAUGUCUAGACCGCGAAUAGAAGACGACCCCAUUUUUCAGUCUUAUUUCAGUGCAAAAAACGCCGUCUUAUAUUCGGGCCAAUACGAGGUAGUUUAACUAGUAGGUCGCCAUUGUUGUUGACGUCACAGGGCGGUGACGUCACAUGGUUACGCUGCCAGGCUUCCAGAGUCUGACUCUAGCGGCAUAAACAUGUCAUCUGUUCAACCCUUUUUCACAAAACGAGCAGAAAAAGCAAUAUGAACAGGAAAGACGGGAUGAGACAAGAGUAUGAAAAAACUGGUGUUCUGCCAAAAUGUGCUACACCGGCGAAACAUUUACAAAAUGCGAAUUUGACACCCAAAGUACUACCGUGUGCUUUCAGCUUGUUUUGUUUGGAUGCAUACAAACAGAACAUGCUGUAGUAAAGAUGCCUUAAGAAAAUACUUAGUAAUAUCAAAUAAGAGUGGUUUAAAUACGCAACGUGACUAAUGUGGUCAACAGAUCAACAAUCUGCAUUAAAGCUACCACAAGAAAACACAAUGCUUAAAAGUAUGAGGGGGAAACACAUGCAAAAAGAAUUUUGAGGCAAUGAAAAACUAAUAAAAGACUCGAUAAAAACACAAAUAGUAAGUACUUUUAACCGAUGCGCGCAUGUGUUUGACAUCCCGCCGCGUAGAUGAAUUGCAGAGUACGCCGGUAGUGUUUGUCUAGUGAUAGUGACAAACUACGUCAUCACCCCAAGCGUCCAUUGCGCGCAUAAAACAUGGCGCCCGCUGUCGGUCAAAACGUACUAAAAAUGGUAGAUUUUUAAAUCAAUGGCAAUAUUUUAUGACAUAUUUUAGUAUAAGAGAACAAUUAUGGCUUAUUGAAGCCUACAAGUCUUUAAGUCCGAGGUUCCCUUUAAAGUGACCAUUUUCAAGUCACAUUACUGGGGGAUCACUUCAAUGUUUUGGAAAAAUUCAGCUCCCAAAGUCAGUUUCACUCAGCAACAUGAAAUUUGGCAGACAGGUCUGUCCUUUGUAGACCCACAAAAUAGUCUCAAGAAGCCAUGGCCAAAAAGUCAAAAGAAUUUCUGCAAUUUUAGGUCAGAGAGGCCAAUUCAAGACGUAUUUGGUAAAUUCUGAGAAUCAUUUGUAUGUUUUAAAAAUUCAGCCACCAAAGCCAGUUUCACUUAGCGACAUGAGAAUUGGUAGACAUGUAGGUACAGUGUAGACCUACAAAAAAAUAGUCCAAAUUAAUUCUGCAAUUUUAGAUCAGAGAAGCCAAUUCAACACAUAUUUGGCCAUUUCUGAGAGUCAUUUGAAUGUUUUGAAAAUUCAGCCCUCGAAACUAGUUUCACUUAGCGACAUAAAAACUUGGUAGACACGUCUAUCAUCUGUGGACGCACAAAAAAGUCUCAAGAAGCCAUGCCCAAAAACUCAAAAUUCUGCAAUUUUAGAUCAGAGAGGCCAAUCCAACACAUAUUUGGUUAUUUCUGAGAGUCAUUUGAAUGUUUUGAAAAUUCAGCCCUCGAAACUACAUAGUUUCACUUAGCGACACGAAACUUGGUAGACACGUCUAUCAUGUAUAGACGCACAAAAAAGUCUCAAAAAGCCAUGCCCAAAAAUUUAAAAGUAAUUCUGCUAUUUUAGUUCAAAGAAGCCAAUUCAAGACCUCUUUGGUCAUUUCUGAGAAUCAUUUGAAUGUUUUAAAAAUUCAGCCCCUGAAGCCAGUUUCACUUAGCGACAUGAAACUUGGUAGACACGUCUAUCAUCUAUAGACGCACAAAAAAAGUCUCAAAAGCCAUGCCCAAAAAUUUUAAAGUAAUUCUGCUAUUUUAGUUCAAAGAAGCCAAUUCAAGACCUCUUUGGUCAUUUCUGAGACUCAGUUGAAUGUUUUAAAAAUGCAGCCCCCAAAGCUAGUUUCACUUAGCGACAUGAAACUUGGUAGACUCAUCUGUCAUCGGUAGACGCACAAAAAAGUCUCAAGAAGCCAUGCCCAAAAAUUUUAAAGUAAUUCUGCUAUUUUAGUUCAAAGAAGCCAAUUCAACACCUCUUUGGUCAUUUCUGAGAAUCAUUUGAAUGUUUUAAAAAUUCAGCCCCUGAAGCCAGUUUCACUUAGCGACAUGAAAUUUGCUAGACAUGUAGGUACUGUGUAGAACUACAAAAUAGUCUCAAGAAGCCAUGCCCAAAAAGUCAAAUAAAUACAACAGUUUUAGUUCAAAGAGGCAAAUUCAAGACCUGUUUAGUAAUUUCUAAGACUCAUUUGAAUGUUCUGAAAAUUCAGCCCCCAAAGCCAGUUUCACUUAGCGACAUGAAAUUUGCUAGACAUGUAGGACUGUGUACACCUACAAAAUAGUCUCAAGGAGCCAUGGCCGAAAAUUCAAAGUAACCACAAUUUUAGUUCCGCUAAACCAAUUCAAGAACUGUUUGGUAAUUUUCGAUAGUCAUUUGAAAGUUUUGAAAAUUCAGCCCCCUUUUGCCAGUUUCACAUAACCGUAUGAAAUUUGGUAGACAUGGCUAUCAUCUGUAGAUGCACAAAAAAGUCUCAAAAAGCUCUGCUCCAAAAGUCAUAGGGAGUCAUCUAUAUUAGUUUUGAGAGAUGCGUAAUUUCAAGGUAAAUUUGGUCAUUUCUUGGGCGUUAUUUUUUCAAUUUCUGGGGUUCCUUCAAAGAUUGAAGACUGGAACUUUUGUCCAAAUUUGAACCUCCUACAUCUAACCAAUUAGCAAUUCUAAACUGAAAAAUUUGUAGAUAUUCUCGUGUAUGCAAUUUGAGUAACCACACACACUCCCAUGAUUCCUACGUUGACCUUUAGCCCCAUUACUUAACAGAAUGUCGUUUUGUAAACCGUGUGUGCGUGAGUGCCACAGUGUACCUGAUGCUCUCGUGGCUCGGUGGGCGCUCCCCCUUUUCCAAAAGCCCCCCCCCCCCAAUACUCUUAGAUUCAUUCCCCGCCUCUUUGAGACGCGUGCGAAGCUUUAAAGUUUUCUACCAAGUGACCAACUUAAUGUAAAGAGCGCAAAUGCACGUGAUUGGCAAUCACACCUUUUGGGCGACACGUCACCAAUCCGCAACGAAAAGCACUUAAACUCACAAGCACUUUUGGAGCGUCUCCGCAAAGGCGGGGGGGGGGAAUUUAUCGUGAUGAGGCAAAUGUGAUUUGCUUGUUUUUGGAUUUUAACUUUAAAAGUUUGCUAUGAUUUUUAAAAGGAGUGCAAUAGGCGAGCCAGUCUUUUGAUUAAAAGCACUUAAACGUACGGAAUUUUUGUCCGCCCACCUGCGAGCAUCAGGGCUCCACCCACCCACACACACACAAAAUCACACACGCAAACACACACAGACCACUUUUUGUGACUGGUUAUCAAAAGCUGUUGAAGGAUUCUCUCAGGUAAAAGAACAUUUUUUUAAUAAAUGAUGAACCUUAGAUGGACACCACCUUUUAUUUUGUUUGUCUUCUUCAUUCAAUGUGCAGUGAAUCAUUUUCCUUUCGCCCCCUAGUGUCGCAAUACGUGAAGUUGCCUAAAUGUUGUGUUUUUGUGUGUCUGCUCUUCAUGUUUCCUUCUCAAAAUCAUGUUACAGCCUGAUUGAACAGGACGGAAUUGACGAAUAUCAAUGGUUUUGAACGAAUGAUUUUUACUUCUUGCUUGCUUUUAUCUCGCUGUGCGUGUGUACGUCUGGUGACCCCGCAACCUCCCCGAUACCCUCAAAGCACCUUUUGAGGCCCGUCUCCAGUGUGCCACACUUUGGAGGAAUGUACCUAAUCAUGUGUCCGGUUUGAUUCAGGUCAGAGGAGUGCUCGGAUCGUAUUUCAUAAUGAAGCUGCGGAGAUUAAAAGUCCGAGGGAGAUUAAUCGAUGUCUACAUGACGUCAGGUGCCAAAAUAUUAAUAGAGUUACAGUAUGUGCCGCCUUUGAAAGGACUCAAGGACAAUCGAGUAGAACUCAUUGUUGAGUAGCUUAGAGUUGUUGGGUGUUCAAAUGUGGCAGUUGUAUUUUAUUGUAGAGGUUAGUGUUUACCGACGUUGAUUGAGCCAUAAAAAUUUCUAUAGCACAACGCCGAACUCGAAUUUUAAAGAUUUGUGGGAAAUCUGGGUUUCACGAGGUGGUUUAGAAUGCAAAAAUCCACUAUUGAUUGCUAAUAAAAAUGCUUUGAGGAAAGGGCGGGGGGAAAUAAUUAAUGGCAGAGGUGGGUAGUAACGCGUUACAUGUACUCAGUUGAGUAACUUUUUGAGAAAAUUGUACUUCUAAGAGUAGUUUUACGAAGCCUUACUUUUUACUUGAGUAGAUUUAUGAAGAAAAAAAACACUACACUUACUCUGCUGCUUUGGGCUACACAAGAGUCAUUACAUUUUUCCUCUUUAUUCUAAAUAUUACAUUUAUUUAUUCAUUUUUUGCCAGCAAUGCCAAGAGUAACGCUACCAAUUUUACCAAUGAGACGUCGCAACAAUAAUCACAUGACUCCAUUACACCAAUCAGACGCAAGCUUGCCAUCCUAUGAUCACGCCAGCGUGUUUAAACGUGGCGUCUUUAAAGCACCGUAAAAGGGGAAGUAUUUGACAUUUAAAAAAAAGAAAAAAAUGACAUAGAGCGCUGCCCCUAACAUGACUCGAAAGCACAGAUUUUAACCUCUAUCCCAUUUUUUAUUUGGCGCCGAUUGACCACAGAAAACUGGAGAUAUGAUCCUUUUAAUUUCAUAAUAGUAACUAUGAAAGAACUAUUCACUAUUCAAACUAGGAACUAUUUUCUCCACUAGAGGGCACUCAUGCUCUUUUGACAAAUAAUGCUUCAUUUCUGUCAUUUUUUUUUCUUUCCCUGGAUUUCAAUGAUUUUUUUCCACUUUGGUUUAAUGUGGUUAUGUAAUGUAUUAUUGUACAGUAUCAUUAUAAUAACAGUUCAUAUUGAUACGUUUGUGCUGAGAGAGAAAAAAAUACCAUUGUUUAAAAAACAAAAAAUGUAGGCAGUUUAAUGUUACUCAUUAAUUGAGUAUUCUUUUCACCGAAUACUUUUUUUACUUGUACUUCAGUACAUUUUUUGGAUGACUACUUUUACUUGCGUAAUAUUAUUUUUGAAGUAACGCUACUCUUACUUGAGUAAAAUUUUUUAGUCAUGGAUUGGUUUCCUAAAAACAAAGGGGGGUGUGUAAAUAAAUGAUAGGGGAAAAAAUGCAAUUUUUAUAAAAAUAUAUAACAUUUUUGUUUUUAACUGUAAAUGUUAGGUAUAAAGAUUUGAAGUGAAAGUUUCUGAGGUGAUAGUUUAUUCUUAAGUCCCAAAAAAAAAAAAAAAAAUACCCAAGGACAUCACUGUGUGGUCUUGUUUCAGUGCCAUUGACGGCACAAGACGUCCAAUUAAUUUUGACUGGGAGGGGCUGUCAAUGGCAGCUAAUAAUUAAAGGGGAAAACAUCACAUUGCUCAUGUGUUGAGCUUAAAAUAACUACGUCUACCUGAACCUGAACCAAAAAUAUGUGAAGGUCCGUUAUUGAAUAUUAACAAAUGUUAGCAAAUAAUUGUGCCUGUCACCAAAUGUUGCGCCACAGGUAGACAAAAAAUUUGAAUUAUUAUAAUUUCCUAUCUUAUGACAUCAUUUGUGCCCAGGUGAUUGUCAAAUUGCCUCACAUUUUUUGGGCGUGUCCAAUUUUAGCUUUCUCCCGCAAUCAAAACAUUGAUCAUAGGUUAAUUAAGACUAAAUUUUCCAGGAAGUGAGCAGUAUUUGAUUGUUUUGAGUCAACAUUUACAAAAUGUUUCUUUUAACAUUAGCCAUAUUAGCAUUAGCCAUAUUCAAUUAAAUUAAAACCCCUAUUUUUGGGGCGUUGAAUUGUAAUGCCAAGUGUGGCAAAACCCAACAGAGAGCACUUAAGCCAUUCACUACCAUUGACGACGAUAGACGUCCAGUCCAUUUGACGUCCAACUUUCUUCCAGCCCCUCCCAGUUAAAAUAGACUGGACGUCUAUCGCCGUUCGUGCUAGCGAAGGAGUGAAAAGGAGGACGAUAAACGUGGUCAGCGCCUUGACAGCUUAGAAUGUACGCAAAUAUUAGGAGAGUAUUGCUUUAUCGAUGGCUUUACAUAUGCAAAUAAGUCGGAAAAACGAGCGCUCAGGUCAGAAAAGACGGGCCUCCGAGGGUGUUUUCCCACUUCCCCCUUUUCUCCUCUUCCGCCACUCCGUCGUAUGCAAAUCCGGGAAUCCAAAUGAAGGGACUACCGAAACUAACAAACGCUCCGUAGCAGGUCCGAGCCGCCUCACACGACACCAGCAAAGUCCAAACACCUCUCCAGACCUCACGUUGUCGUCGAUGUUUGUGUGUCGCUUGUGUUUAAACCGAUUUCAACGCGCUGAAUUUUCGUGUCCGCGGAUGUCAAAGCUCUUAUUUUGUUUUUUUGGGGAAAACUUUCACACAAAGCACCUCGAGAUGAGCUCCAGUCCGUCCCAAAGUGUGACCCUGCAAGCACUCAGGGAGGUUAGGAAAGGUGCCAAAGACCGCCACGUGGGUCAGGAUGGCAGCCACUACUUCUUCGAUUACAAAAAGAAGUGAAACGAGUUCUCUUGGGUCUAAAUGCUCCAAGAUUAAUUGAGUGUGUGUGUGUGGCUGAGGAGGUUUUAUUGUAGUUGGCAUCCUGAGAAAUUGGCAAAAUUGGUGGACUUUAAAGACGUCUGGUGUUCACUUUUGGCUUCUUUCACACGGUCAAAAGUCUGCUUCGAACGCUACCUCAGAAGCCUGUCGGUACCUUUCACACGGUGCGUUGCAAAUCCAGUUUUAGUACGCAGUGUGAAAGGGGUACAGUGGAACCUCGCAUAUUCGCAGUUUUAGACUAGAAUUGAAGGGAAAUGGUAUGUAAGGUACAUGGUUCAUACCAGUACAUAGCUGCUUUUAUUUUAAUAGGUACUAAAGUAACACAAGCAAUAAAAGCAGGUAUGUGUAUGAUUAUCGAUUAGCAUGUUGGCAAAAAUGCUAUUUCCCUUUCGAAUAUUUUUGCUCUAGUUAUUUAAAUUUUGUCGUUUUUCAUGCUUAAUCAGUGUUUAAUUAGGAAUUCUUGGGGUUUAGAUUUUUUUUCUGCAUUUUCAGCGUGUAUAGAUCAUUGCACACAGAUUUAUUUUUUUAAAAUUCAUGAAUAGUUCACCAUUUUUUAAAAAUUAUUUUAACCGACCCCCGAGAGCUACUUCAUUAUUUUUAAUCAGCGUUUAUUUGGGGAUUUGGGUUUUCUUCACAGCAUUUUCAGUUGGUGUCAAAUACAUUGAUUUUCGAAAUUCAUGAAUAGCCAGGGUUCGUUUUUUUUUUUUUUUAAAUAUAUACAUACAGUGAUCCCUCGUUUUUUUUGUGGUUAAUGGGGACCAGAACCCACAGCGAUAAGUGAAAAACUGCGAAGUAAAAAAAAAAAAAAAGAAGAAGUAUAAUGUAUAGGUUCAGUGUAUUUAUUCACAUUUAAGUAUUGGAAAGAUAAAUACCCAGAUAGUAGACCGACAUUGAAUAAACGUUGAUUUUCCAUCAAAUUCAUCAGUAUGGUCGACAUCGAAAUUUUCAACUUCAAGUGACGUUGAAACAACGCUGUUCUAUGGUAUGUCAGGCGAUGGUUUGAUUAACAUUGUUUUGUAGUUGAUGAACUAAUGUUGACAAAUAGUUGAUUUAUGAUUGAAAGGGAAAUAUGAUUAAAAAGUCAUUGAAUUAUGGAUGAGCGGGCGUUUUGGUCGAAAGCAUAACAUUGAUUUAGUGUUGUUCCAAUAUUAUUAAUAAUCGAAAUGACGUUUAGGUUUUGUAAGGAUUUCAAGGUUGAAACAACAUUGAGGGUGCAAAAGUGACGUUGAUUCAACGAUAGAAGAUCGACAGCGGAGUGUUGAGCCAACAUCUUUUCAACGUCGGUCAGCUAUCUAGGUAUCAGACAGUUUUUUCCACUCUUUUUUUUCCCCCCAAAGUAUAACAAAAAAAAAAACCUUAAUGUACAUAUUUAUAUAUAUUUUUUUACAUUAAUAGAUGGUUUUGAAGCACUAAAAAUGUAAUAAUUAUAAGUUUUAAACAUGUAACUGUCCUACCGAAUUAUUUAUAGACAAGAAUAAAGCAGAAAAAUACUUGGGUUUAUUAAAUUCUUCAUUGAGUGAGAGCACUUAAAUCCGCUCAAGCUGCUCACUUAAGAUGAGUUUCCACAGCAGCUGUUUAAUAAGUUAAAUGAUGAUUGACGCAUGCUGUACUUUGAAGCUCGCUUCUCUGGCAAGAUCAAACAUCAAAUUCUGUCAAUCAUUGUUAACUUUGGCUCACUGCCUGACCAACAAAGAGUCUCGGGGGAGGGAGAGUGAUCGGCUCGGGACAGCUCAUCUGUAUUUUUUUUUUGUCUUUUUUUAAUUGGGAAAAAAAAAUCCGCGAUGGACUGAGGGUGCGAAGGUUGAGGCGCGAAGUAGCGAGGGAUCACUAUAAUUCUUUUAGUUCUAUUUUAUGGACGGACCCCAGGAAUUCUCUUUGCUGUUUUUUUAGGAUGGGUUUUAGGUUUUUAUAGUUUAGAAAAAAUAUCCAUUUUCCAAUGUAUUUUAAUAAGUGUCAAUUCAACACUGAUUUUUGCAAUUAGUGGAUAGCAAGGUUCCGCUUUUUUUCCCCCCAUUUUUUUAAUUGUAUCUUUUUUUAAUCAGAAAUUAUUCAAGAACUAUUUUGUUUGCAAAAAAUAUUUUCUCCCUCAACCAUUUUCAUUGGGCAUCAAUUACACACUGAUUUUCCCAUUUAGCGAAUAACGAGGAUCCACUGUACACUUAUGACCUUUCUCACCUCUAAGUUGCCAGACACUGGUCACAGAGGUGCACCAAGUUGUAAAAAAAACUGCAACUUUCUGGUUUUCUUUCAUGCACAAAACAGUCAAGUGUCAACAUGCAAAAAAAUAAUUUUCAGGACGCGUUGGAGCAAAUAAACAAUAAAACACGCAGGAAAAUGGCCGCCGAUCUACUGUGAUGUCCUCAUAACGCCACAAAAACACGCUGGAGCCUCUCCCACACGCACCUGACCACUCUCUCACACACACACACACACACUCUCUCACAUAGCAGGUCAGGUGUGUGUGUGGCGGUCCACGAGUGACAAUCAGCGUGUUUGCGUGUAAAAUGUCCAUGUGUUGUUUUUUUGUUGUUGUUUUUUUUUUAAGCUUUUGUUUGUGGGUCAGGCUUUUGAAAGGAAGAUAUUUUUCUGGUAAUUGUCGCUGGUCUAUUUUAAUGAAAUAUUUAUGUAAUAAAUAUGUGACUUAAGUGACUUCUCAGCGCCUCUCUGGUCUGUUGGCUUUGGCUUGGUUUGCACUAAUAAAUUCAACCUCAAACAUGGCAGUUGUCGACGCUUUUCUGUGGACGAAAAAUUACGGAAAACCCCACACAGAAAACGCGUUAGGGCUGAAAAUUAACACACACUACUGAAACACUCUCACAAAUGUUUUUACGACUCGCACUCAUAUAUUUAGUUUUCCAGAUAGUACUGAAACACACUGCUAAAAAAUGCCUCAGGAAACCAAAGAAACACUCGCACACUACCAAAAAAAAAAAAUCUCACAAAUGCUGCAGAUUUUUUUUCACUCGCAAACUACAGAUUUUUUAAUUCCGGUUACAGUAAAUACAAAAACUACGAAACCAUUAUUGACAUUUAUCCCCCAGUUACUACUGAAACACACUGCUGAACUCUUUUAAUACUAAGAAAAUUGUACUCUCAAAAGAAUAUUUUAAUUCUCCCAAACAUACUAGUCAAAAACACUACUAGAAAAUAUUUAGUUUUUACUCGCAACACACUACUAAGAAAAAAAUACAGGAAUACACAACUGAAAUACUCUUAUACAUACCAAUAAAAUACAUACCCACAAUCUCUCACACACUAUAGAAAUUAUUUUUGCUAAGACACUAAUGUAAUGCAACAGUCACUCAGACUACUAUAAAAAAAAAACACAAAAAAACAAAACAAGUGAACUCUAUUUUUUGGGUACUCACCAGGGGGGGCAGGGUUGGUCAGUGCCCACUCACGGACACGCUCUGCCCACCCAAUGAAAACUGGAUGUACUAAUGGCAGUCCAGGCACCACGUAUGGUAUCCCAUUGAUAUACUAGUACUGAUGUGUUCUAAGUUUUAACCUUUGCGUUGUUACCUCCUCUUUCACCUUAAAAAAAAAUACAUUAAAAAAAAAAAAAUUUAAAUGUUGGUUUUGUUCCUAGGGGGCGCUACACACAUUUACGAAUACAGUGGUACCUCUACAUACGAAUUUAAUUCGUUCCAGGACCUUGUUUGUAAGUCGAAAUGGUCGUAUGUCGAGCAGGAUUUUCCCAUAGGAAUACAUUAUAAUUCCAUUAAUUCGUUCCAAAGCCUAAAAACAUACACUAAAUUCUUAAUAAAUACUGCUGGCACUGUUACAAAUGGCAAUUAAACAUAGAAAAACAAAUAAGUUAUAAAUAAAUAAUUCAGAAUAAUAUAAUAAUAAGAAGAAAAAUUAAUAAUUAUUCCUGUAAAUAAUGUAACGAAUCGGAUUCUAAUAUGGCGGACACUUUUUACUGUCCCUGAACGCACCGCGAAGGUGACGUCUCAGUGAGAUAGGUCGGUGCGGUAGAGAUAAUACUUUCGUUUUCUUGAGAGCAGUCAACUGCUUAAGACAAUGGGCGUUUUGUGUUGGAUAAGUUCUUAAAUAAAUGAUAAAAUCGUGACGAAGCUGGCGAUUUCCUUGGCAAUGUUACCACAAUAAUAAUUGUCACCUUAACUUAUAAAUAGUGGCGAACGGUGGUCGGAAGAGGACCAUGGAGCUAUUGUUGAGCCAGUUCAGGGACGCGCACCCCAAGCUCAUAUUUUUCUAUAACUUGCAUCUUCAUUUCAAAGGUAAGCAUCCCUUUUUUCCUUGUUUCUCCAACUGUAUCAACUUUUUUUGAAAACUGUGUUGAUUUCUCACACAAGAAAAUCCACCGUGCGUUCGUUUGCAGUGUUGUCAUGUCGUCGUACUUCGAGCAACUCGUCGGAUGUAGAAACAAAUGGCGGCUCAAAUUUUACGUCGGAUGUCGAAAAGAUCGUGUGUCGAAGUGAUCGUAUGUAGAGGUACCACUGUAUUUUGAUUUUUUUUUUUUUUUUUUUACAUUUUAUCAAAGUUUUCACCAGUGUUCACCUGGCUGUUGAGUUUGGUGAGUUUUAAAGCCUUCUGAGGGGGUCAAAGUAGGGCUCAAAGCGUCGGCAGGACAAAGAAUGACUGCUGGGGGCGCUACAUAGUGUACAGUGGUACCUUUUACAA